GUGUGCCCUCAGACUGAAAUCAAGGUAUUAAAGAUCUGAUGGGAAAAGAUGAGACAUUUUAGGUCAAUUAUAUGGUAAUUGGUUGAAACAUCUCAUCUCCAGAAAGCCUUUUGGCAGAUGCACAGAUUAAACAGGCCAAGAUUCAAAUUUUAUCCAGGGUUUCUUGUGAUACAUUAAGGAAGGGUAGAGAUCUAUUUUUCUUUAACUUUCACUUUGCAGAAUGGCACAAAAGGUCUUCUUUAAGCUAUACAUCCAUUUUGUGGGGAGAGGGUAGACACUGAUUUUCAUAUGCCAAUUGAGGGAAAGUCAUUUUUUGGAUCAGUUAAGAGACUAUAUUACAGCCCAUUACAGAAAUUACUCAAGUGGAAACGCUCACUGGUUUUUGUGACCAAAGAAUUACUCCUUUUGGUUCAUGAGACUCUGCUGAAAUGAGAGAAUCCAGUAUGUUUGCAAAAUUAACACACAACUGAAUUCCUGUUGAGGGAUGCUAUUUGGAACAGAGAAAUCAUUAGCCAGAUACAGGUUAAGUAUGUUCUCCUUUUGCCAGUUUUUCAUUCUAAAUCCCCUUUCCCAAAGCUGCUUCUUGUUUUAAAAAGCGGUGCUGGGAAUUGGAAGCACACAGUUGCUUGCAACUCAUCGGUAGGCCCUGGUUUCAGCUGAAAUGAGUGGGCACUGCGUAAGAGCCCCCGAGCAUUCCCAUUCAUUCCAGUGGUGUUCAUGCAGGAGAGAUUCCUCUUAAAUGAAAUCCCUAAUGAUAGUGAUGGGAAAGAUAAACCUGGGGUUCCUUUGGUGACCCAAUCCUGUUCAGUAAGUUGCAUCUUACGAAGUGCAUGCUAACCUAAAUGCAGUCAUGAAGGCUAUACUGUGGAGUCAGGUUCGUAUCUCGUGGGCCAAUGCGUGGAUUGUUUUGGAAUCAGAUCACUUAUUCAUACCCAGCUAAUCGAGUACAGGAAAUGUGCCGCUCACCUACACACAUCACUCCCAAAAGAAGUUGCUUCAUUCACUUGAAUGGGCACCAUGACAACAGAGUGUGAAGGAAUGUAGGAAGUUGGGCAUAGCGCUUUAGAGAAAACUAGAAUCUGUAACAGAUAGCAUGCCAUCCUCUAAGCGCCUUUGUCUAUUUCUGCAAAUAGGAGGAUAGUUGAGGCUGAAAUGAGAAGGCAUAUUUAGUGUUGGAGUGGGAGUCCAAAAAAGAAAACAGGAAGCUUCCUAAUACUGAAUCAUGCCAUUGGGAAGCUCCAUCUGCUAAUACUCCCAAGAUCUCAGGCUGGAGUUUUUAACUAGAGAUGCUAGGAGUAAACACACAACUGAAACCCUGUUGAGGAGUCUGCACGCAAAGUCUUCUCCAUAAGUUUCAAAACCAAGAUGUAAGAAGCAAUAAUUUUCCAAAUAGCAUAUAUUCCUGGGAUGUUUUCUGGCAAUGACUGAUGCAUAGCAGUCACUAAAGCAGCAGCCCUGAGUUUCAUCAACCUGUCUCCCUCAGAAAGACCAGGUAAAACAAAGCAUGUGAUGUGAUCGCGCUGUGUUGUGAUCUUCCAGCCACAAGGAACAGCUGAUGAAGUGGAGCUGUGGGUGGGGACUUUCACAUCACCGUGAUGCCAUACCACACAUUUUGUAAUCUGAAAAGUUACCAGGAUAGCGAAGAGGAGAGUGUAGGGCUAUGUUUUUGUAGCAUCUAAUCUUGGCCUUAAUUGAACAGGGAAUAAAAUGUUUCAACCAAAUCUGGACUUUUUGAAAUUUUCACGCAUGGGAAACGUUUUGGCAUUUUUGCCUGAUCCAAUUGAGUGCAUUUCCUGUAGGGAACUUUAGGGUAGAAUUUUAUAGGUGACAUGUGAUGUGCAGCAACAGAUGCUAAUUAGCUUCCUUUUUCUCUCUUUCCAUUUUGCUAUUCCUCUAGGUGGCUUCACAAUCACAGGUAUGGCUUAUUAUUAUUAUUAUUAUUAUUAUUAUUAUUUUGCUGUCUUCUAAAUGUAUGUUUCCAUGUGGAAAAUUAGGUUCUUCUAUUGCUUAUUCCUUUUCCUUUUAAGAUAUAUAAUAUUAAAACAGACGCACAGCAAAGCAUUAGUACCAUCUAACACUUGUAAGUCGAGGACCCGCCACCCGCUUAGGGAUAAAUAAGACACAAGGACACAUGUAUUUUAGGUUAAUAGGCUAAAUAAGGCCACAACUUUAUUGGUUAUAGCAUGUGAGUGGUAUUGGCUUAGGCAUUGGAUCAAAUGAUCUAUACAUGACUCCACCCUGCUCAGCAGAAAGUAAUUUUGAGGGUUAACAACCAGUGGGAGGAGCUUGUUGAUGCAAAUACAACUGGAAGCUUCCCCUGACGUCACCGGGGGUUGCGCCAUGGCCCUAGCCACCAGCAGGGCAUCGGACAAGAUCCAUGACCUCUGGAUCCCUUUAACGGAAUACCCAAAAGGUGAGGGGUAGGUGAUGGCCACAACCUGCCCUCCAACACACCACACAUAUUCCAAUGCCUAAUCGGCAAUACCCGCAAAGUUGUGAUGAUUUGCUUCGAGGUAGGUGAAAAACCAAGAGGCUGGAGCCAACUAGCCAAAUGGAUAAAAAUUCCUACCAGGCUCCUUGGGCAACCAAGGCAACCAACCAAGGUCCAUAGCAAUGUCAAAAGUGUAGAGAUGACCUAAAGGAAGGGUGGGUGGGUGAUCCGUCAUAUUCCGGAAGCAAAAUGAGGGCGCAGCAAUGCCGUGGCCACUUAAGUGUGGCUAAACCCCGCCCCCAAGCCAGCCCGAUUGGCUGGCUGCAGGGGCGCAGCGCAGCAGCCGGGAAGCAGAUGCAGGGGGCUGAAACGCCCUCCUGCCGACGCGGGAACAGGCUCCCGCUCACAACACCUCCCCUCGUGUAGGAGGAGAGGUCUUUUUAUAGCUCUUUAAGAUUAAGAAGGCUCUUAUGGAAAAAGGAAUAACAUAUGUGACCCAUGAUUAGCUAAAAUUCAUGCAGGUUUACCUUGGCUUAGUACACACAUUAAGCAGUGUUUAUAAGCCAGCAACAAACCAUGGCUUAUAUGAGCAUAGUUGGCUCAUGGUUAAUAAACCAUGGUUUAGCUGCUGGGCUGGGUUUAGAUGAUCAAGUUAGCAAACCAUGGCUUGGAGUUAGGUGCAAACCAGACCAGUGACUCAACAAAUUAGAUGACACCAUUCCUGAAGCAGCUCAGAACUACUGUUGUUUUUCUGUAAACAGCAAGUUUAGGUUAGUUGUCCAUUAAAUGAAUCAACCAGUUUACAAUGACCCAACUAUGUUUUAAGCCAGUAAAGUUUACACAGUGUACACUGUUUAUAACAUGAAUUGGGAUUCAUGUGAUAGUUCCAUAUACUUAGAAUAUUAUGCAACUAUAACAUGAAUCCCAAUCCUCACUCCACAGAAUCAUUACCCAUUCAUCCAACGCAUAUUUUCAAAUAGGAAUACAGAAAGAGAAGGCCUCCCAUUUCAUUGUCCUAAAGCCAAAUGCUAUUGCAGGGGGGGUGAGGACUCCUACUCAGGACAAUCAAACGUUAAUAGUUGUAUUAUGGUAAUGAACAUAUGGCAUUUCUUUUCACCUUUUGUGAUAAAAGAGAGGCAAACAUAUCACACUAGAAUGAAACAGGACAUGAAUGCCAGGGAAGUUUCCCAAAUUUGUACCAUUUAAAUAAUGCACACUUCUCAUUCCCUUUUUAUCGCCCAUUUCUUUAAUUUGAUUGGGGAUUUCGUGGAAGCAGUUCUGCAAUGAACUGAUCGCUUUUGUGCUUUGAUUGUAAACGUGUUAUAUACUUGCAUAUUGCCUUUCUCUGAUAGCUUUAAAAAAUAAAUAAUAAAAGCUCAAAGCAAGUUACAUACAUACGUUCUUUAUUUUGGUCCAAAGACCCACAAAAGCAUUUUCAAAAUCAAAAUAAAACAGAAAAUCAUAUAAUGAGGAAAGGAUGUAUAGCUACUAGAAGGAUCAGUAUGGAGCUCAAUAAUAGGUGUGGCUGAAUUCAGAAAAAAAAUUCCAAGUCCUUUCUCAAGAGUGCAAAGCCUGCCUAGCUACAUAAAUCACCCAAGCCGUUGCAUGGAAUGUUUUGAGGAAACAGUGAACUAAAGGAAGAGUUGCACUCCAAGAACCUCUGCAACAUUGCAAAGAAAUGUGGGAGCAUUGCAAAGGACUGUAUAUGGUUGCAUGUUUUGAACUCCCAAACCAGUAGAGGAACCCAAGCUGAAAAGUUCAAAAAGCGGCCUUUACAGAUUAAAAUUGUAGCGCUGGCGUAGAAAACAUUCCCCAACAAUGAACCCAGCUUGGAUAUUUGAAGAAGAUGGCCCUCUGUUUUCCAUUUGCUAACAUCUUGGCUUAUUUUUUGUUUUCGUAAUCAAGGGAAACGUUUGAACGGUAGGACAUCUUGCUUUCUUUCAUGCAAACUAAGAUUAACACUAAACCCACGUACUAAGUAACUAGUGUGUAAACCAAGUUUGAUGAAGUGGUGUGGUAUUUCUUUCCGACACACUUAACAUCACAUGUUUCUGGAUAACAGAGUAAGACUUUUUUUUUUUAUUCCAGUGAUUCGCUGGUAACAAUUUUAAAGCAUAAUACAGAGCUCUAGAGACCUAGAGGAUGGCAGUGGGUUUAAGAUUCUCUUGUGCUUUUUAAGCAGCUUUGCUGGCAACAUGGCUCCUGGCAUAACAGCCAAGGGAUAUCGUAGAUCAAAUCAUGGUCUUGGGCUGAAUGUUUCAAGGGCCUCUGUGCCAAGUUAUCUGCAGCUGUCUUUGCAUCAGAAUUUACCACCUGAACAAAAGCCAGGAGAGUACUAAGCGCUAAGGCUGCAGCCCUAACCACCACUUACCUGGGAGUAAGCCCCACUGAAAUCAGGAGGGCUUACUCAUAGAAUCAUAGAAUCAUAGAGUUGGAAGAGACCACAAGGGCCAUCGAGUCCAACCCCCUGCCAAGCAGGAAUCACCAUCAGAGCACUCCUGACAUAUGGUUGUCAAGCCUCUGCUUAAAGACCUCCAAAGAAGGAGACUCCACCACACUCCUUGGCAGCAAAUUCCACUGUCGAACAGCUCUUACUGUCAGGAAGUUCUUCCUAAUGUUUAGGUGGAAUCUUCUUUCUUGUAGUUUGGAUCCAUUGCUCCGUGUCUGCUUCUCCGGAGCAGCAGAAAACAACCUUUCUCCCUCCUCUAUGUGACAUCCUUUUAUAUAUUUGAACAUGGCUAUCAUAUCACCCCUUAACCUCCUCUUCUCCAGGCUAAACAUGCCCAGCUCCCUUAGCCGUUCCUCAUAAGGCAUCGUUUCCAGGCCUUUGACCAUUUUGGUUGCCCUCCUCUGGACACGUUCCAGUUUGUCAGUGUCCUUCUUGAACUGUGGUGCCCAGAACUGGACACAGUACUCCAGGUGAGGUCUGACCAGAGCAGAAUACAGUGGCACUAUUACUUCCCUUGAUCUAGAUGCUAUACUCCUAUUGAUGCAGCCCAGAAUUGCAUUGGCUUUUUUAGCUGCCGCGUCACACUGUUGGCUCAUGUCAAGUUUGUGGUCAACCAAGACUCCUAGAUCCUUUUCACAUGUAGUGCUCUCAAGCCAGGUGUCACCCAUCUUGUAUUUGUGCCUCUCAUUUUUUUUGCCCAAGUGCAGUACUUUACAUUUCUCCUUGUUAAAAUUCAUCUUGUUUGUUUUUGCCCAGUUCUCUAAUCUGUCAAGGUCAUUUUGAAGUGUGAUCCUGUCCUCUGGGGUGUUAGCCACCCCUAAUGAAUAGAAUAGGUGUGGUUAGGAUGGCGCUGAAAGUCACCACAGUCUUUUUCCUUAUUAUCACCAUCCCCCAGAACAUCUGCCCACCACAGCCACCAGCUGAUUUAAUUGUAGGAUGCAUCUAAAAGCUUCAGAACGGUGUUGAAAAAUAUGGUUAUGAAUGAUAGUCCUAAUAAAAGAACAAAUGGCCCGAUGCAUUUCAGACAACGACACGCGGGAGAUACGUUGUCUUUGUAGGAGAACCUUGGUCUUUUGACUCUGAGGAAGGUUAUCAACAAAAACACAAUGGGCAUUUUAUUGUUCUGAUGGGACUAUUAAUAUUGAAUAAAUAUAUUUUUCAGCACCAUUUUGAGGGUUUGCCUCUUCUUCGGCUUCUUCCAGCAGCGGUGCAGAGUAGAGCACUGUGUCUCGGGCCUUGGAUUAGGGCUAAAGCCUUGCAGUUCAAAGGUUCAUAGAAGCCUUAACAAACUACCAUUCCCAAGGGUGUUUGUGUGUCGGGAAACUCCUGCUGAUAAAUGGAGUGUAAUGAAAAGCAGCAGGCCUCCACUUUGUGCUGCCACUGCUGCUGGAAGGUAAGCUUUGGGUAAGGUAGGAUAGAGACAGUGACUCUCUAAGUGAAUCGAGAGACCUCUAGGUCUUGUCAUUCCCCCCAAUGACAUAGGUAAAGGGACCCCUGACCAUUAGGCCGACUCUGGGGUUGCGGUGCUCAUCUCGCUUUAUUGGCCGAGGGAGCUGGUGUACAGCUUCCGGGUCAUGUGGCCAGCGUGACUAAGCCACUUCUGGCGAACCAGAGCAGCGCAUGGAAAAGCUGUUUACCUUCCCGCUGGAACAGUCCCUAUUUAUCUACUUGCACUUUGAUGUGCUUUCGAACUGCUAGGUUGGCAGGAGCAGGGACCAAGCAACGGGAGCUCACCCCAUUGCGGGGAUUCGAACCGCCAACCUUCUGAUCAGCAAGUCCUAGGCUCUAUGGUUUAACCCACAGUGCCACCCGCGUCCCAAGACCUCUAGGUCUUGUCGUUCCCCCCAAUGACAUAACCUGGAGCAAAACCAGGCCUGAAGCUCAGAAAUAGGAAGAACUCUUAAAUGAACAGCUUUGGACCCAUUCCAAAUCCAACCUAGUUUAGCUCAUUCCAGAAAAAGACAGGGGCAUUUUACGCAUCCCUAGUACCGAGCAAUUAUUUUUGAACAACGUCUAUAAUAGACACAGAUGGCUUAAGCAUAAUCUACAAAUAAAUAGCUUCCCCUUGCUAAAGCUCCGCCUCUCCUGUAAGAUGACUUCUUACUUUAAGGAUGAAGAGCUCUUGUGCAGAAGAGUUUGUUUUUAAGAACUGCCUUUAAGAAGUGAGUACUUAAUGUAUUCAUCAGCCACUUCUUUCACCAAAAAUGGGAUUUAAUUUUUCAGUAAUCUGUAAGGGAAAUCAUGUCUUUGGAAACAAGAUCAUCUUAGACUUGUUCAAGGAAAAUUUGUUAAUGCUUACUUUGAAUUAUGUUCCAGUGAGGUUUAUUCCCAGGUAAAUGUGCAUAGGAUUGCAUCCUAAAUAGAAUUUAAUUCUGUGAUAAAGAUAGCCAUUUACUUUUAAACACUGCCCUGUAUGCUAUCCACAGAACAUUUGCAAAGCAGCUUUCCCCUUAUAAUAAUGCCUAUUCUACGAACUUACUGAUGUCUUUUACAUUGAGUAAGGUCAACAUCUCAGUAACAGCAUUAUCAAGCAGACCUACCAAGGGUCCUUUAUGCUCUCUUCAUGUCUGCUGAAAUUGCCAGAACUCAGUGGAGUUCUGUUAAUCUCUACAUGCUCUUUACUCCAUGCUUCUCCACCAGCAUCAACCAGGUGAGCAGAUGCAGCCAGCCCUUCAGCCCUGAGGCUAAAGGAGCACUUUAUAAUUUAUGUAUUUCUGUUAACUUCUCUUGAGAAAUGUCUGCAGCAUAGCUAUGGCUCUGAGGAACCCAGGGGAAGAUUGGAACUGCAUAGCAAAGAAGAGAAUGAUAAAGACUGUAUUAAAAAUGUACAAGUGCCCAUUCGCUGUAAUCAUUUUUUUUUUCCUCCUUGAAAUCUUAAGCUGCAAAAUUGUGAUUGGAAAUAGAUUUCCAUUAGGAGGCCACCAUUUCAAAGGUGACGAGUAGCAGUCUAAUCUUUUGAAGCACUUGAGCAGGUGGGCUCAUUCAUGGCUCUGUUUAUUCUUCAAAAUGCGGGAAGGCGGUGCUUGAGAGUCUGCUGUGGGAAAUUGUCAUAGCAAUAACCUCACAUGAAGUUGCCAUUCACCAAGUAGAUUCUUUGCAGCUAACCAAACCUAACAACACCAAGUGUUAAACCGGCCACCAAAACUCAAAGCAACCCACUUAUAUUUAACUUUUUGCCAAUCGUUUUGCUAGGCAAACCUGUCUUCCGGAAGGUACAUCCUAGAGACCAUCCCUUUCCUUCUACUGUAAUCAACAUUCAAGGUAUUCUGUUUGCCAGGGUCUCUGUUCCACAGAUAAUGUGCAUUAGCAAUAGUUUAGGACUUCAUAUAUGUGGUGCAUUGGAGUAGGGCGUGGGUGGGUUCCAUUGAAAAAUAAGGUACGGAUUAAAUUAUUGGCAAAUUGCUGCUCUUUAAUAGCAACUCAUACUGCCUGCUUGCAUCAUCUAAGCCUGCCAGGCAGACAUCUGUCCAGUCCUAAGUUAAAGGAAGUCAUCAUGAAUCUCAGUAUUUUGACCCAAGUGAGGUUGUAGGCAAAUAAAAGCUGACAAAAGACUUGGCUCACUCUCCCCAUAACCAUCGUACAACUCAUCUCUUAGGAGCUUUGUGAUGGGAUAGCGUGUGAGGCUGCCAAUGGUCAGCACCAGUCUCUGCACACCAGCACUCCUGGAUCAACCAGGGGUAAACACAGGUGGGCCAGAAAUGAUGGGGUGUGGCUGCAACUGACCACUUGGCAGGCUCUCGCCUCCCCCCACUAGCACAUAAAAGGGAGAGAGACCAGGAGGGGAGAUAGAGCAAAGCAGGCGAUUGGAAGUCUGCAUCUCUCUACCCAAGCACAGUAUUAAUCAGAGAAAUGCUUUGUGCAUUAUAAGAGACUAGGAGGAAAAGUAGUCUGGGUCUUGUUUACCCAGUGCUGAGCCAAGGUGGGGAGAUCCAAGGUAGUGGGAAUAAGCACCAAUGCCUAGGGGCCCAUGUCACUUUGACACACACACACACACCCAUAAAAUAUUUGAGGGGGCCUGGCCACCCUAAAGUUGAUGGGCAUUGAUGCCUUUCUGUCAUUUCCAUGUUUGGACUUCAUUUUUCAACAAGCCUUGUAAACAAACUUGUAAUAGGGUUGCUGAAUGGCAACUUAGCUAGGACUGGGCAAAAACCUUUUAUGGCCCUUGUGAUUAGAAGAGAGACAGAGAGUGCAAACUGGGUUCACAGAGCUCUGCUAGGACAAGAGAGGAAGCAACUCCCGGUUGCUUAUCAUUUAAAAAAAUUAAACUAGAUGACUUGGAGGGUAAAGCUGCCCACCUGUUGUUGUUGUUGUUGCUGUUGUUGUUGUUGUUGUUGUUGUUGUUGUUGUUGUUAAUUCACCCUUUGCCCCAAGGUCCCAGUGCAGGUUACAACAAUUAAAAAGCAAUAUUUAAAAGCAAUUUAAAACACCUUAUUGUCACAGAAAUAAGGUGGGUCCUAAAAAUAUGUCCAAGCAGGCAAAUGCAUAAUUUUGCAGCCCACCUUCAUUGAUUUUGGGUGGUGGUGGGAAUGCAACCCAAUGCCUAGAAACUUAUAUCUGGGGAGAGUUGUGUUCAAGCUCUCCUUUUUAAGAAUUCAGAGUAGCCCCAGACCAGGCACUGUUUCUGAGACCAGUCAACCUCACAGAGCUGUUUUGGGGAUAAAAAGUGAGGUGAUUCACGGGGAAUAAACCUUCACCAGCACUAGGAUCGGGGGUGGGGCUUAUCUGGGACCCCCCAAUAUUUUAUUCAAGUUGGUUCCCCUGGUAGUAGCAGUUAUCAGGGAGCAAUUUAGAGAGAAGUAGGGUGUGCAUGAUUAUUCAUUAUAUGAGGAAUGCAUAAUGAUGAGCUGAGCUCCUGACCUUCCUUAUAAGCCAUCCAUGAAGUAAGAUUUAGGACUGGAACUCUAAGGCCUUUUCAUAAGGCCUUAGAGGAUUCUGACAGUUUAAGGAUAACUGCUUUUGUCUUAUAAAAUAGGGAGGUACAGUAUCAUUCCAAUCCAGAUCAACCCAACUUAUAACCCACAAAGUUGAGCCCAACCUUCAGUGCUAGAACCAUAGUAUUGUAGAGUUGGAUGGGACCAUGAGCCCCCUCUAGUCCAACCCCCUGCAAUACAGGAAUCUUUCACCCCAAUGACCCUGUAAUUAAGAGUCUCAUGUUCUACCAGCUGAGCUAUUUAUGGCAGCCUAUUUUUGCUGCCUGCCAGGUAAUAUUUUGUCAUCCCUAAUGCCUGAAAUUAAACGGUGUCUCAGAGGCAAAAUCUGCUCCGGUUCUCUUGGGGCACUUCCCUUUCCCAAGUCUUUUGUGAUCUUCUUGCCUGCCUCAAGCACUUUGGCAUCAUAAAUGAAACAUGAAAAUGCCACACACACACCUCUUUAUCAAACCCUGGAGCUAUUAGGUCUUUUCAUGAAUUCUCAGCCACUUUGCUAGAUCAGAGUCAGCCUCAGUGGACAGCAUCCCCUGCUGUUUGGAUACAACUGGGUCUCUUCACUUUUUUCUGCAGACUUUUCUCUCAUUACAGGUAUUCUUAUCCUUGGGUGGGGGAGCUAUUUAACUCUCCCAUAAUGCCCUGGAGCAGUACAUUUUGAGAAAUGGGCACAGCAACAAGACCUAGCCACUGCCAGGUGGUCCCACUGAUGAAGGGGAAGGGUCACCAGGGUCACCAGCCUCACAUGGGGAACUACAUCUAGGGGCAGAUCUGAUAUGAAACAAAUGAAGUUUAAGCUUCAUGAAGCAUCCCUAAUCCUGGAGGGUCCCCAGAAGCAAUUAGUAGAGCCAAUUUGAGUCGCACAAGUCAAAUGGAUUACUUUUGUUGUUAUAUAUAUUUCAACAAUUGCAAAGUUUUGAGAGUCAGUAGCACAGAUGUUGUGAAGUUUUGGUGAUCUGUCAUGGAACAACCCCACCGAAGAAGAUAGCAGUGGUUACCCUUACCCAGACCUUGUUUCUGGUUGUGAAGGUGGCCCCAUAACACUUCAAGCUUCAAGGCCCCAGAAAUGUAGGUAGGUCAGCCACUGACUGCAUCCACCCCCUGCUGUAGUUUCUAGCUCAGCCUCUGACUACUGCACCUCUCAUGGCAGUGAAACCCCAUCAUCCAUGGUUCCUUCCCUUUCUUUGCCAUCUCCCUCUGCCACUGGGACUCCUUGCCCAUUUGGGGGAGUCACCCUUCACCUCCUUUCCAAUCCAACUCCCCCAUCCUUUCUUUGGCAUCUGCCGCUCUUGAAUAACUUAUGCAAGCGUCCGGGGUAUUUCUGGGAAAGGAGACCCCUUUCUCUCUGAGCUGGUGCCCUCUGCAAAGCAUUGCCCUCUGCAGCCACCUACGGGCUCCACGUAGUAACACCAGCACCCAUUCCCCAGCUUCUCUGCAUCUCCCUCAUAGUCCCGCUCUCUCUAAAGCAGCUGGUUCAGGCACUUCCAGCAAAAACAAAAAAAUCACAGUUGUUUCCGCCCACCCUCCCCUCCACCAUCAUUGUCUUGGGUAGCAUUCGAAUUAACAAAUUGCUUCCCAUUGUUUUUAAACACCAAUCAAGUUGCAUUAGCACCUUCCGGAUUCACUUCUUCCAAAGAACAAAAGGUGGGGGGGGGGGUUUACAAGUGGGGAAAGGAAAAGAAAACUGAAGGGGCUGGCAGAGAGCAAAGAAUUAAAUUCCUUCCCAGCAAGAGGAACUUGUGCUCAGACAUGAAGAGGGUUGCCAGAUGUCUCUUUUCAAAAAGAGGAUGGAUUUAUUUGGAGUUUCUUAUUCCGAAAUGCCAGAGACCCACAGAAUGCAAGAGGUGUCCCUAACAGCAAAAGUUCAGGGCAUUCCAUAGGGUACAUAACACAGCUCCCCACCACCUCAAAAAAAUAAAGAAAAAGAGGAACCCUAAACAUUUAUUGGACUAAGCUAAAUUUGCUCUGAGUCGGGCACGUUAACCAAGGGUUGGGAACAGAUUGCCAGUCACCCACAUUGGUACUCUUGGGUACAAAAUACAGAAAGAUCGUUUCAAACACACAGUCUGAACUUGGAGCAAAGUAAACCAGGGGAAGGUUCUUCUGGCAGGCUUUUGUAUGAGGGGAACCUGGGGGAGAAGUAAGAUAUGGCUGUGCUGAUGCUGAGUUGCGUGGAAGCAGUUGUUUUUAAUCUUUCUAAGUUUUUAUGGUUAGUGCAAUGUUUGAUCAUUGUAAACAACCCUGUAGCCUUUGUGGUGCCGGGCAGUCUGUAAGCUACUUAACAAAUAAAUCACAGUAUGAAGGUGGCAAGCACCGGUGUUUGAAAAUACGUGCAUUGUACUAAGUAGAGUUGUCAAGGAUCUGUAGUCCUUGUCGAGGGCCACUGCACACAUUGCACAAACCCAGGUUUGCCUCUGAGUGCGCACCCAGCAGCCAUUCACAGCUAGUCCCAGUGCUCUAGGAAGUAAGGAGCUGUUGCCAUCCAGGGAGGACUUUGGGGCAGAGCCCAAACGCGCUGCUCAGAAGAUUGAGCAGGAGGACCUCCAAACACAGCAAGACUCAUUUGGAAGUAAGCAAAGUAAUAUUCAUCACCCUAUAAAGAGAGGAGGUUGUAAAAUCAUUAAGUUCAAGGUGUUUAAUAGCCUAAGAAGAGUACUUGUAUGGUACAUGUGUUUUCAAGCACUUGUUUGCCGUGUACACAGGGCCAGAUUCUACUAAAUAAGCCUGUCUGGCACUCUCAUUAUAUAAUAUAUGUACACAAAUCUAAUGUGCCAUCGAAUCUAAUGUGCACCUCAAUUUUCCCAAAAAGUAUUUGCUAUGCCAGUGGUAUUUUUCAAGCUUGCAAUCAAAUCCAAUGCACCAUCGAAUCUGAGGUGCGCAUUACAUUCGAGUAAAUGCGGUGUAAACACCAGACAAAAAUUUUCCUCUGUUGUUAUUAUUAUUAAUUAAAGUUGUGUACCACCCUUCAUCCAUAGAUCUCAGGGUGGUUCGUAUUACAAAAAUACACAAUAAAAAGACAAAAUGCAUAAGAAGAACAAGAACAAAACAAUAAUCCUUCUCACUGCUUCCUACUAUAGCAAGGCCUUUGGCCUUUUAGAAAUGGGCAGGAUAUUUUUAGUGUAUUUCUUUUUCUUCUUGGCUUUAAUUUAUCUAUGUGGGGGUUGCCCUGGGCAAGAUAAAGCGACAAACAAAUUCAAUAAAUAAAAUAAAGAUAAAUACGAUAAACAGCUACGCUAGCAGGAACAAGCACAAGGAGUCCCACUAGAAUAGGGUUAAAAAGGUAAAGGUAAAGGGACCCCUGACCAUUAGGUGCAGUCAUGACCGACUCUGGGGUUGCGGCACUCAUCUCGCUUUAUUGGCCAAGGUAGCCGGCGUACAGCUUCCGGGUCAUGUGGCCAGCAUGACUAAGACUCUUCUGGCGAACCAGAGCAGCGCACGGAAACACCGUUUCCCUUCCUGCCGGAGCGGUACCUAUUUAUCUACUUGCACUUUGAUGUGCUUUCGAACUGCUAGGUGGGCAGGAGCAGAGACCAAGCAACAGGAGCUCACCCCGUCGCGGGGAUUCAAACCACCGACCUUCUGAUUGGCAAGUCCUAGGCUCUGUGGUUUAACCCACAGCGCCACGCAUAGGGUUACCUUAUUUCAAAAAGUGAAAUUCUGGACACAAAAGUUGUUGAGCUUUGAGCUUUUUUUAAAAAAAAAAAUCAGCACUUCCAAUGUGGGCAGCCAUAUGCCCAGGUUUCCCCAGACAUUUUAUCCAGCAAUGCUGGAUUCCAACCAGCUACAUUUUUAGGCGUACAUGUAAACAAAUCUUUUACCAGUGUGGUUAGGAGCGGUAGUCUCGUAAUCUGGGGAACCGGGUUCGGUCUCCGCUCCUCCACAUGCAGCUGCUGGGUGACCUUGGGCUAGUCACACUUCUUGAAGUCUCUCAGCCUCACUCACCUCUCAGAGUGUUUGUUGUGGGGGAGGAAGGGAAAGGAGAAUGUUAGCUGCUUUGAGACUCCUUAAAGGGAGUGAAAGGCGGGAUAUCAAAUCCAAACUCUUCUUCUUCUCCUUCUUCUUAAGGGUGGUAUUCAAUAAAAACCCACUCAGAGUAGACCCUCAAUGUACUCGUAGUAGCAAAACUGGGCCUGGCCUCUGCAAAAUAGUCACUGCUUUGUGAUAUUUUUAUUUGUUUGUAUGUUUAUGAAAAAAUGAUAUUAAAAUACAUCGUCGUCGUCGUCAUCGUAGUGAGAGGAGUCCCUGAAUCAGUGCCUCUCUCCAUUUCCUUGAGCCGGAAAGAUUUGCCAAAGCAGGGCCGUAGCCUAAACUGAGGUAUAGCAAAAUUGGUGUGGCUGAGGGGAAGCAAUCACUUGAAAUAUGGAGACGUUAUGAGCCAGUGAUCUCAUUUGCUAAUGCUUCCAGGCAAACCAUCUGCAGCAGCACUGUUCAGGCCCCUCGCCAUGCAGGCGCUGGCCCCUUGCUUAAUGGCCUGUCCUUUUUCCAUAACAGAUGUUUGCCUGCUUUUGCCAUUGCAAUGGGGCACAUUUGAAUAUAAAUAGUAGAUCUCAGCUCCAUUUGACAAAAGCUGGCUGUGGAGAAGUGAAAGCCCUAUUUCAAAAUCUGUAAAUUUAUUAUUCUCUCUCUCUCUCUCUCUCUCUCUCUCUCUCUCUCUCUCUCCACUUUCCAGAAGAGAACGAAGAGAAGCAACCACUGACGAGCAAAGAGGAGGAAGAGCGUCGCAUUGCAGAAAUGGGGCGCCCUAUCUUAGGGGAGCAUACGAAGCUGGAAGUGAUUAUUGAGGAGUCCUACGAGUUCAAGGUGCAGUAUGGACUGCCAUGAGCCCUCUUCCCUGAAAAACUAUUACAGCCCUCUUUUUGAAUCGGGAUCAAAUCUGUGUAAAAUGGCAUAACAUAAGGCCAGGUCUGUGUUUUCCUGUGCCGAAAAAAUAACAAAUUCUGCCCCAAGAAAAGGCAGAUUGCACCAUUUAGUCAAGUUAUGCUGAUUAGGCAGAUUUACAUAAUUUAUUCUACCGUUUUUUCCUGCUUUUUGCAUGCAUUUUCUAAUUCUGAUCUUCACAAGGAGGGCAAGGAAUUAUGCCACUGUAAGCCUUGUUCAGCUGCUCCUCUUCCUUCUGUGGUCUUUUCCCCCCCCCGAGCAAUCAUAAGGACUAUAUUUUUUUUAAAAAAAUGAAAGCAAACAUUCUCAGGAAGUUAAAUGAUGCACCCAGAACCACGUUCUGUUGGGAUUUUUUAAAAUGUGCCUGUGUGAAUUCAAGGGAUAUAAAUAAGCCUUUCUCAAACGUGACAGCAACAUGCACAAAGUACUUCCAGAUUCUCAGAUUGUGAAAUAUAGUUAAGUCCUAUUUGUGCAUUGCACACAUGUUGAGAUCUCAUUCGUUGCAAUAGGAGUAAGGUUGUGUGCUUCUGGCUCACUCCCCAAGUCACCUGUCCAGAAUAGCUCCACCCCCAAGGUCUACCCAUUGAGUGUGGAUGUUGGGGGGCAUGGCUAGCCCAGAAACACUGUCAGGAGCGAGGCCAACAGUGCCACCCCACUCCUAGCAUCAACAGGUGAGAGCCCACACACGUAGGGCACAGGUACGGAGCUCACAUCUUGAGAGCAAACUUUGGCCUUCCAUGCCUUUCAGAAUAUCGGUUUCUAACCUUAUUCAUUCAUUAUUUAUUUUGGCAAUUUGUAGUCCACUUAAUUAAAAUAAUCUGUAAGACGUGUAGUGGUAGACUGAACUGAUAAAGCUAGAAAAUCUGUUAAAACAAUGGCAUCAGAAUUCAGUCUUCUGAAUUUUCCAGUCUACUGAAAAGUCUACUGAUUUUGAUUUUGAUUUCUUUUUAAAAAAAGAAGUAUUCAUUCGGCACUAGAGGUUCAACAGGGUGGUGGUUGUCUGAUCUCAACUGGAAUGGAGUUCCAUAAAAUUGGGCCCCAAAAUUCCUGGAGGAUACCAAUCCAUGGGGAACCACUGACAGUAACUCUCCUGAAGACCUUAGGGAUGAUAAUAAUAAUAAUAAUAAUAAUAAUAAUAAUAAUAAUAAUAAUAAUUUAUACCCCACCCAUCUGGCUGAGUUUCCCCAGCCACUCUGGGCAGCUCCCAGUCGAGUGUUAAAAACAAUACAGCAUUAAAUAUUAAAAACUUCCCUAAACAGGGCUGCCUUCAGAUGUCUUUUAAAGAUAAGAUAGCUGCUUAUUUCCUUCACAUCUGAAGGGAGGGAUAAGAAACCAAGUGGUCCAUAGGGUACAUCCUGGACCACAAACUGUUAAAUGUAAAUUAAAACAUCCCACCAAAGACUCCAAAUUAAUUAUCCCUCCAAAGACUUUGGAACAGCAGAAGCUUUCCUUCCUGCUUCCCUUCAUCCUCAUGACAACAGCAUCCCCAUGUGAUUUAGGUUGUGAGAGAAGAGAGCAGAUCGCUCAGUUCACUCUGUGAGCUAAAGGUCUCCUCAGGCCUAAAACUAGCUCCCUAACUACUGCACCAUUCUGGCUCUUUCCGUUACAGCGGAAACACAGACUGGUCCACAGCACUAACAGUUGUAUCACAUUUACAUUCCGAAUGACACAUUUAUUUCUUUAUUUGCAUUCCCUGGGGCUGUCGUGGGGAAAUCAGAUGUUGCAGCUUUACACGCUGCUUUCUGUUCUCCAUCAGGCAGAAUUUUCCAUACACAAAUAGGGAAGGAGCACUACUGGCUGGCAGAGAGAGUUCACUGCCUCCACAUUUUCUGCGUCACUCAGCCAAAAUAUCCUGAGCGUCUCUUAAAUCAAGGAUGGUCCACUGGCUCCCAAAGCAAUUUUAUCUGGCCCCAGAUGGCCCGACUGAGUUUUAAUCAUUACGUGGUUUUUAAGAAAAUCCUCUUAAGUUUCACUUGCAAGGGGGAAGAAGCUAUUGGUCUCCGUAUGUAAUGCAUAUCAAUUUUAGUUAGUUGCAUUCUGGGAAAUAAAACUGCCUCAUAAGGUGAUCCCAGAUUCAAUACAAGUAGAGAAGAUUGAUAAAGUGGUACCUCAGGUUAAGUACUUAAUUUGUUCUGGAGCUGAAACUGUUCUUAACCUGAAGCACCACUUUAGCUAAUGGGGCCUCCUGCUGCUGCCGUGCCACCGGAGCAUGAUUUCUGUUCUCAUCCUGAAGCAAAGUUCUUAACCCGAGGUACUAUUUCUGGGUUAGCGGAGUCUGUAACCUGAAGCGUAUGUAACCUGAAGCGUAUGUAACCCGAGGUACCACUGUACUAGAUGCAGACAAGGGUACAGUCUGACUUAGAGGAAAUCAAGAAUGGCCAUCUGGCAUACUGGCAGUUUUGAAGGUACUUUUCAGCAGUUUCCUCACAAGGUGUUGGAAACCAUAUCUGUUGUGCAUCUGUUCUUCCUCUUUCUUUCACCCCAGCUUCAAUCUCUGGCCUUUUCAGUGGAGGAACAGGAAGUGGGUGAUAUGGAAAGCCACUGCUGGAGGUCAUGGAAGUCCACAAGCAAUAAGAGCAGGCAGUACUAGCUUCUAUUCCGGUGUAUAGGAUUGGGCUUCGAAAACAUUUAUGGAAAUUCUUUGAGUGCAAAUAUUCAAGGCCUUUUAAAUGCAAAAUGGAGACUUAAAAGCAUAAUACAAACAAUAUUAUAUUAGGCACAUUGCAAACACAGACCAAACCUUCUUUUUGAGCAAUAUGGAGUGGGGAGGGUGAGUUGCAUGUGUGUACAUUUUCAGACACUUUCAUUGUUCUGAAGCCAGCCAGCAUCCUUUACAGGGGUUUUAGAUUUCUUUCCGUGAGCGCAAGCCUCUGGAGUGACAAUGUGCUUAACUUUCUAACGCAUGUCUAUCCGUCUGCAGAACACCGUGGACAAGCUCAUUAAGAAGACAAACCUAGCUCUUGUGGUUGGAACAAACAGCUGGAGAGAACAGUUCAUUGAAGCUAUCACUGUCAGCGCCGGUGAGUUUUUCUAUUUCUGCACGUGCCAUGAAUUAGGAAAAGCCCUUCUUCUCCUGGCUUAAGGGCAUCCAGUGAAACCUGACCCCAAUAUACCUAGCUUGCACUUGGCUGUGAAAGCAAAGCAGGUAGAGUUGAUAUUCAGGGCUUCUAGGCAAACAUCACCCUGCUUUUUGAACAGAUUGUGCACUGCAGUGUGUUGAAGUUUUCCGCUGCUGGGCGUGGGGAGCAGCACAGAAGAGCAACAACACAAAUUCCAUUCCUUUUAAUGCUGCUUCCGUAGGGCUAUCAUGCAAGCCCCACUCAUAUCUAUAGAAGCUGUGCAAUAACAGAGUUUAGACACUUGUUCUCUGUGUUGUAUGUCCAUGUCUACACAUGAAUGUGAUUUCACACAUUAUGGAACAUGUGUUUCAAUCUAGAGUCAUAGCACACCGUAGGGAAAACUGGCAUGUCCAGGAGGACAUGAGCAACAAGGCAACAAACCAGAAUUUAGAUUGCUCUGAUAAUUGGUUUAUUACAAAAAUGGAUAGGACUCAGUUGAAACAGGUUGUUAUUUGGUUAAAUCUACAGAGGAGCUGGGAAUGGUGGAGCAUUGUUUGAGGAAGACUAAGGAGGGAACGCGGGUGGCACUGUGGUCUAAGCCACAGAGCCUAGGGCUUGCCGAUCAGAAGGUCGGCGGUUCGAAUCCUCGCGACGGGGUGAGCUCCUGUUGCUCGGUCCCUGCUCCUGCCAACCUAGCAGUUCGAAAGCACGCCAGUGUAAGUAGAUAAAUAGGUACCACUCCGGCACGAAGGUAAACGGCGUUUCCGUGUACUGCUCUGGUUUGCCAGAAGUGGAUUAAUCUUGCUGGCCACAUUACCCGGAUGUGGGAAAGCAAAUCAGGUUAAAGAAAGAAGCAAAAAAUGUAAAUUUCACCUUCCCUGAAUGGGUAAUUGUUUGGAGAGCUAGAAAGGCAAAGAAAGAGACAAAGAGAAAAGGAGGACUAGACCAUGGGCAUCACCUCUUCCAAGGUGAAGGGCUGGUGGGGAGUUCCUCAGUGGGACUACUAUAAACCAGAAGGUUCUCCUUUGCUGGGGUCAUGAUGUAUGAUGGCUAGGACACUCUAGCUUUGAUUGAUAGAUUUCAUUCCCUUGGGGCCCAUGGAAAGUCAGCACGGCGAUCAGGAAACUGAGGUGGGGAGGGAAAACUUAGCAGGAGGAGAAUCCAGGGAAAGAACCAAACACAAAAGACCACCAAUUCUUCUUCGAGGUUCUUCUUAAAGGGUCAGUGGUGGUGGUGAGGGAUGUGUCUUCCUAAAACUAAGGAACAGUACCAGUGGGAUUUUCCCAUCGUGGGUGCUGGGUGCAGAAAUGUAUGUGAUGCAUUUGUCUGCAUCUCUUGGGUGUAGGAUCCUAACUUCAAAAUAGGUGCUAAUGCACUCAGAGUAUUGUUGCACCAGUGGGUUUCACACUGUUGGCUGUAUGGUGCCUUUGGUUUGAAACCACAUGAUACAGCAAAUUUUGCUGAUACUUAGCAGGAUGGGGGGCCACUUGGGAGCCCCACACAUUCCACUGUGAGUUCAUUCCCUUAUGGAAGGAAGGCAGGAUAUACAUUUGAGAAUAUAUCGGGGGAGAAUGCAACAAAUUUGGGUGUGCAGAAUGAGGUUCACUCACACAACAGGACUUCCUCUCCCCCCCCCCAUCUUCCUCAUCGGUUCCCCCUAAAUCUGCUCUGGAGUGUUGGGAGAGCAGGUUUAAGAGAUGUGGGGUGGGAGGAGAGGGUCAAAAAGUCUUAUUGCAUGCACAGACUUUGCUCCACUCACAAACACACCACUUAUGCUGCAUUCCACCCAUAGUAUCUAUCAGGCAUAGGCAAACUCAGCCCUCCAGAUGUUUUGAGACUACAACUCCCAUCAUCCCUAGCUAAGAGGACCAGUGGUCAGGGAUGAUGGGAGUUGUAGUCCCAAAACAUCUGGAGGGCCAAGUUUGCCUAUGCCUGGUAUCUAUAAUCACAAAAGUAUAAAAAAGCUCGAUUCGGUUCUGCAUUCAGCUAUAGUACCAAUGCAGUCCUGUUCAUGAGCUGAUGUAAGUUUGGCUUGAUUCUCUAGCUUUUAUGGAAGUUUCGACAACAGAAAAAUAGUCUAUCUGAGGCUGUGUGCCCACUUCAAGAUUCCCUGUUGCAAUUUGCACAGAAGCUUUUGCUUUGGUUGCAAGUACAGUCCUUCCAGACUUCACCCAGUUUUGAUGCUUUUUGUUUUUCUACUGUAUCUAGUUUUGCCAGAAUAAGUGGGCUGUCUCUUGGGAUGGAUCUUACAAAACUGACCUUUAAAAGAAAAAUCUCUUGUGGGACUUGUGCACUUGUGCAAUACAGUAACAAGUGCCUUCAAAUUAUCUUUGUGCCAGAGUUCCACUCUGCCAAAGUAGCUCACCCGGCAGUUGUACUAGAAACUAAAUGUUUUUUUAAAAACAAAAAACACCCUGCAGCAUACUAGCUGAAAAAUACUAAGAACAUAAGAAUUGCCUUUCUGGAUGGCACCAAAGGCCAAUCUAGUCUAAUUUCCAGCAUAAGAGAAAGAGCAAAAAUAUGAAUGAGAACAUGCCACGAGCAUAUGAACAGUACAUUUCCUUCACUUUCGUGUAAACACAACCACUCAUAAAUGAGCUUCUAGGCCAGUUUUCCAUGCUUCCAGGAAAGACUAGAGAUAAGGCCAUUUCUCCUGUUACAUGCUUAACAGCUUUCUCGCAAUACAUGAUUUGGGAAACAUUUGCUUGAAGGAGACAUUAGCCGGGUCUGCUGCAAUCACCUUCCUGCCCUCCUCAAACCCUGCUAUGGUCACAGACAGAUGCUCCUCCUCCUCUCCCACAUGCCUCAGAGUAGAAUUCCCCUGCGGGCUGCUGGCCGUGCUCCUCAAGGCCGAGUUCCUGCCAUUCCAGAAGUGGCAGGCCAAAAAAGAACAGCUCAGCAAUCAGUUGACCAUGGAGAUAAGAGAGUGAUAAAUCAAAUGACAGCGUUUUAUCUUCUGUCACUUUUCCAAUGUUCAUUCCAAAAGCAGCCAAGUGCAAAGACAAAGUGAGUGUCAGAAACUUUCCCAGCCAAGCAACAACCUCCGCCUGCAUUUGAGCCUGUGAUACACACACACACAUGCCUGGAUUGCGUCUAGGGAGUGGGGUGGUGGGAAAUAACUUCAUUUAUUUUAACUAGGCUGCAUUUGGAGGAUUUAUUACAUGACCUGUGCUGAAUAAACAACAAAAAGGACAGAUCUUAUCUCUAAUCCUAGAGUGCUUUUAAGUCGCGGAGUCCUUCCGUGCAUCUGGAGCAUAUAUUGGCUCUCCGAUAUUUCUCAGGCUCUUCCUUGCCCCUUAAUGCUACUGAGAAUUGAGCAUGUCUGAAGGAAGCUUCCCCCCCUCCGCCUCUCUUUUCCCAAAAUGAAGCCUGCUAUGCUUGAGAUAGUGGAGCUAGGAAGCUGCCUCUCCAACCUCCAGGUGUUCUUUUCACUCCCUUGUGACUUCCUUCACUUAAAGGCUAGAAUUGCACCCAGUGAGAAACACGCGUUUCCAAUGAACCUGUUUGCCAUGGCUGGGGGGGGGGGGGACGCUUUAGCAAACUGUCAACUGUUCGCCUUGGAGAAUCGCUCUUCAGAUUCGCUUGCUGGCGUUGUUUUCGUGCUGCCACAUUGCUUUUUCUCAGAGACAAAACAGGUGUUACGUGCAAAAAGUGUGUGCAACGGAAAUGUGUGGUCCUUUUUUUCCCCCUCUGUGGGUGAAGGUGGCUCCAGUGGUACUCAGAUAGCCAUUGUGGGAAACAGGAUGCCGGGAUUUCGCUAUUCUUAGCCUCUGCUGUAUACAAAGCCAAUACAGCUGGUCGAAAUAUUCCAAGCGGUGAUGUAUACCAUGGCCCCCAAUAGUGGACAGGAGUGGUGCUCACUUGACCGCCAGUUGGUCAUGUCACUGCUGCUUACUGGGAGGGAGAGAGGGAGAGAUGGGGCCUUGAAGAGGUCAGCACCGUGCAGUUGUGCUGGUGGAGCCAAUCUGGAACUCCCAGCAAGGCAUUUGCACCCGGCCAACCCUAUCAUCUGCUUGCCUUUCUGCUUUCCGGUAAAAGACAGCAACAUGACCACCUGGAGGUCAGAUGAGCAGUGGCAUCCCACCAGACCAUCUGCUACUGCAUGGCCCCUGUGUGUAUGUUAAAAGCAAAAAUAUAAUCAGUUAAUAUUGCCCUGUAUAAAGCUGAACAGCAGCCUGCAGCUUGCCCAAUAUCUUAUUGAAAAGUUUAUUAGUCCCUAUUUCUAGACUUUUCACAGCCCAUAAUAUGUGGGUGGUCCAGCAAGAUUAGGCUGCAUGUCACUGGAUCACAGUUAGAACUGGAAGAGCUAUCUUAAAAGAGGAAAUGGGGUUUUCUAAUCUGGUAGAAGUUAGUUACUCAGCCAUUUUUCAUUGAUGACGGAGCCCUGGAGAAAUGACUCUAUCUCACUGCUUCCUUUGUGCCAAAAUGACAGCUGAAGAUCCUAAGCUAAUAGCAUUCCUUUCUUUCAAAGACAACUCUUUAAUAUGCCCUUUAUCUGGUCUUUUGUUAAAUAUAAUUUAAAUAAUCUUGAUAAAGUUCACAACUUAUUUCAUUUUUAAACAGCAAGCUCGGGGGAGGGGGGUUUCCCCCCUGUUCCAAAGUCUCCUGUAUCCGAGUUGUUCAUUCAACUCUGCUCUGAGAAAUUUAAAUUUAUCUACAUGGUGUCAGCUCCCACCACUCGCCGGGAAAAUAGAAGGCUCUCCCUGCUUCAAAAAGAAUCUGGCCUGUGACUAUUAGCCCUGUAAACACUUUGUCUGAGUCAUCCUUCGACAAAAUGGCAUCCUUCGUACAUCUAUAGUGGGAGAGCUGCUAAUCUGUUACGUCAGGUUAUGCUGCUGAUACAGCGUUCAGUGGCUCAGCACUGCAAGGACAGUUCCCACACCACUGCCCCAGGGCAAUUCCAUUGUUGCCCCCAUGUCCUGCUUUCAAGAUUCCCAUAGGCAUCUGGUUGGCCACUGUGAGAGCAGGACUCUAGACUAGAUCCAGGAGGGUUUUUCUCUUAUUCUCAGGCUCACCCAGUUCUCCCAAGUGACAAGAAGUUCCAUCACUUACCUUGGGUCACUGGAAUAUUUAGUUUAUUUGCAAUUAUACAGGUUGAGCAUACAGUGGUACCUUGGUUCCCAAACGGCUUGGAUCCCGAACAAAUUGGCUCCCAAACACCACAAACCCGAAAGUGAGUGUUCCGGUUUGCGAAUGUUUUUCAGAAGCCGAACAUCUGACGUGGCUUCCGCUGCUUCUGAUUGAGUGCAGGAAGCUCCUGCAUCCAAUCAGAAGUCAUGCCUUGGUUUUCGAACCAUUUCGGGAGUUGAAUGGACUCCCAAAACGGAUUAAGUUUGAGAAUCUUAAACACAUGAGCAAACGGCCACAGUUCACUUCUUUCUCUGCGGACCUCUGCAGAGACUGCCAGCGCCAUUUGGGUGAGGAGCAAUUUAGAUCAGGAAUUGACAUGGGUAGGAGGUUUAAAUAACUUCUCCCCCGUAACCAUUGCUGUGAGAAAAUUGGCAGUGCCUCCCCACCACCUGCCCAUAGUUAUUCCGCUAGCCAGAGGAUCCAGUCAUGCAAUUCCCAUAUAACAUGUAAUUUGGUCUCUAUUAAAAACUUGCUUAAUUCACUGUUGCAGGUAGUGACUGAUCAAUAGUACCAAUGUGAAGUCUGUGUUGCAACGAUUUCUUUCCUGCUUCCAAACUAUUGACUACUAGUGGUUUUGCUGGUGAUCUUUGCUUCUUCCAGUACACUGAUAUUAGUUCGCUUGUCUUCCCAAGUGAUGUGUAAAAAUUUUUGGAGACACCAUUGAUGGAAUCUUUCGAGGAGUUGGAGAUGGUGUUUAUAAGUGGUCCAUGUUUCACAAGUAGAUAGUAAGGUUGGUAGUACAAUAGCUUUGUAAACAAGCAUUUUGGUUUCCCUGCGAAUGGUCAAGUCCUCAAACACUCUGCACUUCAAUCAGGAGAAAGCCGCACUCGCAGAGCUCAGGCGAUGCUGGGUUUUGGCAUCAAUGUUGGCCCUUGUGGAAAGAUAACUGCUUGGGUAGGAGAAGUGAUUGACAUUUUCCAAUGUUACACCAUUGAGUUGGAUUUGUGGCACUGCAGAGGGGUUAUUUUGUACUUGUUGGUGCAGCACUUUGGUUUUUUUGGAUGUUGAGUGAUAGGACAAGCUUUUCAUAAGCUUCUGCAAAGAUAUUUAGGAUGGUUUGGAGGUCAUCCUCUGAGCGUAUGCACACUACGUUGUCAUCAGCAUGCUGAAGCUCUGUGACAGAAGUUACGGUAACCUUUCCCCUGACUACGUAAUUCAUUUAUGCCCCAUUCUAGCCAAUCAACAGAACGGCUCUAAUUGACUUCAAAUGUAAAGGGAAAGUUGUCAAGAGUUAGCACUGCACAUUUUUUUUCCAAAGAGGCCAUGAUCAGAUGAGUUUUGUCUCCCACAUGAAGUCCUUAAUUGCUUAUCCUGUUCUUUAUCUAUUACUCUGUAAUGAAACUCUGACACAUGAAGGCCAUUUUCUGGAUUGGCUUUGCAGUCUCAGUGGUUCGGAAUGCUUUUCCUGUAACCAGAGAAACAUUCUAUCAGUGCCACCUUGAGAAAGUCAGUGUUAUUGGUCCCUGGGGCUUCAUUAGAAAUGUCAGCAUAUUCUGCAGCAGUAUCUAUCGAGACGGCUUGUCAAAUGGCUGUUUCAAGUGACGAGCUGGAAGCAGGAGCAUAUGGUGAUGGAGAGGAGUACUUAUACCACAUACCUGACUCCCAAUAGACUGACCUUGACUAGGGCAACAGGUUAAAAACUUGCCUCUUGUUCCGUCAGACUAACAUUCUCGCUGAUUAAAGGAGAAUUCAGAUGAGCAGGGGACUCCUGAGUCAGAGCGGGGUGGAAAUAUGUCGGAGCUGGUUCUAUAAACUGUCUAUUCUCAGGCUUCCAGAGACCCAUCACCUACGCGAAUUGAAAACUUAACACACUUGCGGGUUCUUUUUAUGUCAAUGUUGCUGUGCUCCAUUAGUCUUCAAUUAGAGUGUGGUGCUCCAACCCAAGUUAACUAGUGUCAUUGCUACUUUUCGUUUCUGAAGAGUAAGAGAAGAAUGGAGAAAGAAGGUUGGGUGAGUUGAAGUAGAUAGUGAAUAAAAAUGCAUACAAGCGAUGGUUGCUAUGACUUACUAAUCCAGCACCAUCAAUUUACAGGGCACAUUACAGAAUUCCUUAAACAAAAACCCAGUCCCAUGUGCCUAUAUCCAGAGUAUUUAUAACAAAAACUUUGGUCACUUCCAGUUGACUUGUUUAUUGAACAUUCAUCCUGACUUGACUGUGAGGAGAUUAGAUGCCAUCAGCUACUUGUUGAGCAUUCAUUCUGAUUCGUUUACAGGGACAUUAGACGACGUUGUGCCAAGCAAAGCUAAUUCUGCACUUUCCAGUUUAUUUUCGCAUCACGUUCCUUAUAGCAAAGAGUCUUUUUCAGUGGGCAGGGGAGAGCGGGCUUGUUGCACAAGAGAUCCAAAUCAACUUCAGCUGUGCAACCCAAAUUUGGGGGUAUGUAACUGAAUCCCACCCAGAGCCAGCCAACUCAUGAGGCGAGGUGAGACGACUGCCUUGGGCAGCAGGAGCCACAGGGACAGCAGAUCCCAAUGUAGAGCUUUAUUUCCCUGGUGUGGCGCUUCACUCAUUCCUUCUUUCCUCACUGGGGGACCACCAUUUUGUGGUUCACCUCAGGUGUCAAGAUGUCUUCAGCCAGCCCUGAUCCCACCCAAUAAAACAGUGACAGUCUGGAACUGCCUUCAGACAAUGGGGCAUAAAAGGGAGAAAGAGUCAAGGUUAGCUAGAGGGGGGCAUGAGCAGAUGGAGUUACACAUACUUAAGCUUUAGUUACACCUGUAUUGAGGAUGCUGAAAGAUGCUACAGGGCCUGUGUCCAAGCAGAGCUCUAGCCACUCUGCCAUACUGUCCAAUGCUUGGCGACCUUCACCAUCAUUCAUUAUACUAAUUGCAAAUUCAGGGGCUGACUUAUGAUGGUGAUAAAACUGAAAAGAGGCCACUGGGAGAAAACAAGGAGGUACCCACAUGCUUGAGGGAACUGCAAGGUUUGCGGAAGUUUAACAAAGCGAGAACCUAAAAGGUGGGGGGGAGUUAAAAUCCUAAACAAAAAAUGCUCAUUGAAGACUGAGCAUGCUCAGUAGCCAUGGAAUGCCGACUGACUGUUGUGGAAGGGAGGGUGGAAUGGAGUAUCCUGAAAGAAAGAAUAGCUGGUUGGGUAGAAUCCUGAACUCCACACUGCAACAUUUUUCAGUGUUUUCUAAUAAGCCAAGGAUAAGAUAUUAGAACUUCUUGCCCAGGGGAGCCUUCUAAGCUCCCUCCCCAAUAGCCUUCAGGAGACGGGCAAACUUGUAUAUUGUUUUGUAAGGCCUCCAGUGGUUUAUCUGGGCCCUGUUUUGGCUGGUUGGGAUUUUACUUCUUGCACCGGCUGCCGUUUCAUUUUUAUGGGUAGCUCCAUCAGAGGUUCUUUGGACCUUAAAAGGCAUGAUGGAAAUGAAUUAUUUGUUACUAGUAGCAGUAAUAAUAAUAGAUUUCAUCCCAGUGAUUCUGCUUUUCACAAGCUUGGUUCUCUGUAAUGUUUACUCAGCUAGCAGGAAGCAAGACAUUUCACAAGUAUGUUAAAAUGAGCCCAAUAGUCACUCAAGGGGAAAGUCCCUCAUCCUCUUCAUGGAACAGUCCUUUGCAUUCGCAAGAUCUUCAGCCAUGUCUUUUGCUUGCAGAACUCACUUCAAAGGAAGGAGCGUUGUGCUGAAUUCUGUAUCUAGCCAUUUCCAUCAGCCUUUUGUUUCUUAAUGCCCAGGGAGCCACUGAGCUAAGUUCUUUAAUAUUAACCUAAACAAUAAAUUGCCCAUAAUAGCUUGGUGCUUGAUUCCCCUAAUGGAUUUUUGUUGUCCUGGUCCCUCAUCUCUCUCCAUAAUGUACUUUGACAGAAUUAAGCAUCAAAAGAUUUCCAAGGUGAGCUGGGAGGGUGACUCUAUACUUAUUCAUACAAAGGUGGUUGUGUUCAUGCAGGGUUUGGGGGGUUUUUUCUUGGUAAGUGCUUGAAAUCUUAGUGCUUUCAAAAGUACUUAAAGCACUUUAAAGGAGCUCUUGCCACCACCACCCACAGCAAGCUCUGUGAUAGCCGGAAAUUUCAUAAUCCCAGAACAUAUGAAAAUCUGAAAAUUUUGAAACCAUGCUAGCAAACUGUUGCCUUCGUGCAUAAUCCUCACAUGCAUGAUGUGCCAAGCAGCAUUCGUUGUGAGUUUUGCUUCGCAGUUCUCCCAUCCCUCUCGUUGGGGUUGUCAUGCAUGUCAGCCUCUUGUGACCCCCUCAUGCGUAGGACAUGUGUUAAAAUUAUUCAAUAGAUGGAUAAAAUGAUUGCUAAAAAUUCAUAGAUUACCUAACUGUUAGGGCAUCUGCUGGUUUAUCAUAAUGCAAAUAAUGCAGAGUGAGGUGGCACUUAAACUGUCGUUCAGCCUAGACCAGGGGUAGGCAACCUAAGGCCCGGGGGCAGGAUGUGGCCCAAUUGCCCUCUCAACCCGGCCCAUGGAUGGUCCAGGAAUCAGCGUGUUUUUUACAUGAGUAGAAUGUGUCCUUUUAUUUAAAAUGCAUCUCUGGGUUAUUUGUGGGGCCUGCCUGGUGUUUUUACAUGAGUAGAAUAUGCACUUUUAUUUCAAAUGCAUCUCUGGGUUAUUUGUGGGGCAUAGGAAUUCGUUCAUACUUUUUUUCAAAAUAUAGUCCGGCCCACCACAUGGUCUGAGGGACAGUGGACCGGCCCCCUGCUGAAAAAGGUUGCUGACCCCUGGUCUGGACACUGAGAUCCAGCUCCAAGGGCCUUCUGGUGGUUCCCUCGCCGCGAGAAAUGAGGUUACAGGGAACCAGGCAGAGGGCCUUCUUGGUAGUGGCGCCUACCCUGAGGAAUGCCCUCCCAAGGAAAGAAGAGGUCAGGGAGAUAAGUAACUAUACACACUUUAGAAGAUAUCUGAAGGCAGCCCUGUAUAGGGAAGUUUUUAAUGUGUAAUGUUUGACCAUGUUUUUGUAUAUGCUGGAAGCCACUCAGAGUGGCUGAGGCAAUCCAGUCAGAUGGGCGGGGUACAAAUAAUAAAAAUUAAAAAAUUAAAAAAUAUUAAACUCUUUCUCGCCAAUUAACCAUUCUUCCCCACAAUCCUCAGCUAACCCCACCCCACCCCACCCCGGCUAGUCCCCACCCCUCAGCCAAGCAUAUUUCUGAGCUCACAAUCACCUGGAAAAAAUAUUCACUUGGGGAGUCGUGGUAGAGAAGAAUUAGCAGGCAGGUGAUGGAUUAAACAUACCAACCUCUAAUUCCCCCCUAUGAAUUCCUCAACACAAUUCUGGGAUUCCUAUGAUGGCUACCUAUACAUAUUUAUCUGGAAGUAAAUCCUACUUUCCUUCCGAGUAGGCCUGCAUAGAAUUAUACUCUUAAUCUUCCCCGUUUGUAGGAUUUUGCCAUUCUCUGUUGACUUACAAAGCCCUCGCAACGCAACAACAUUAUUUCUGGCUAUUCCAGAGUAGAUUGAGAGUGAACUGUUGGAGAUCUGUUGACUAUUGUCACUAACCAGGAAGGAAGGAUUUAUGUUGUGUGUGUUUGCGAGGUGGAUGGUUCUUUCUGCACUGCAAGCACCACUACAUUAAGGGGAAAACAGAGUGGCAUUUUCCUUUCUUCGCAAUAAAACGGAUCAUUACCCUACUGAGAAAAUGUGGCAGCCACACAGCGAGGGCACCUGAAUGCUCCAGGCUUUAACAGCUGUCCAGUGUGCUCCUCCUCCUCCUCCCUUUUUGUAAGAUUAUAUAAGCUGGUUCUCUACAAUGCAUCAAGAACAAUCAUUGCACCUGCUUGACACAAACGGGGGGGGGGGUGUAAAAAUGUUCUGUAACAGGUGGCCUUGUGGGUCAGGCAGAGAGGCUGGAGUCAUUGGUGCGAGGACAGAAUGGCCACUCCGCUAAGCCCCAUUUUCAGACAUUAUGUGGGGCAAAUAAGGAAAUAUAGCAACUUGCAGAGAACAAUAGCAAAGUGGGUUCAGCUGGAAGAAAAUUACAUGGGAGUGUUUGGGAAGAGGGGCUUGUGGGGUCAGAGAGACAUCCCACCCCCUAUGUAGUCUUUUGCUCUUCAGUCAUGCUAGGACCCCCGUUCCCUGGGGCAUUUCUGCAUUUAAAAAGACAGGCUUCUCCACUGUCACAUGUAGUUUGCCCAUAGAGGUAUAAGGUGUGUGUAAUAUUUUUUUAAGCAGUGGGGCCUACUCUGGAAGCAUCUUUGUUACAAUCAGUCCAACAUACCUUUCCUCUCCAGUGUUAAGCUCAGUGGAGUGGGGCAGUGUGAUUCUGCAAAUUUGAUACAGAAGUCACAGGGUACAGCACCCAUUGCUGUGGCUCAUCCUCAGCUUCUCCUCCCAUAAUCACCAGUUCUCAGAGCAGGAACAUUAUGAGGGUGGGGGAGGGAAAUAGAUAUAUAUUACCUGUGUGGUGUAAUUAAUAAAAGAAUUGGCUGGAUCCCUAGAUCCAAACCACAAGGCUAAACAAACUCUCCAGUAAGAGAGCCCCAGCAGAGUUUAAAAGUCACAAAAUGUGCAGCGACAAUGACGUGUUGGGAAUAGAGGUUGUUAGACCCUUUAAAUACCCUGUUUAGUUCACUUACAGCACUCCCCCUCUCAAAAUGAACAGAUCACACCAUUAGUAAGUCGAAAAUGCUUUACUUGCAAACUCCAAAGGUCAGAUUCAUGUGUUAUUCUAUGCAGCAGCAAGAAGAACACAGGGUUACAAAAUACAGAAUAAUACUUCUGACCAGACGUGUUAGCCAACUUCUUCACCAGUGGUGAGGGGGGAGUGAUCUGAGGCUAGCAAUAUACUUCUAUGGUCUAAAUCACUUCAUGCCUUAACCAGCCCUAAGCUUGAUAGUUAUAUUUAACUGCGAUUCCUCACACCUUAUUCACUGGCACACUUUUAAAUAAAACAGGUGUGUUGGGUCUAGGGAUGAGGGAGACACUCUGUUCAGCUCACAUUUUUAAUGCCCAAUUCAGACUUCCUAAAACAGCACAUGAACUGAAAUAUCCAUCAAUCAGAGCACUUCAAUUAAAAAAUGUAUAUUAGAGGAAAGUGUGCAUAACAAUACAUGUCUCAAUGAAAAUAAUAUUUAAAAGUGCAUUGCAUUAAGGAAAAUUGCUUACAAAAAAAAGUCUAUAUGAGACAAAAUUGCAUUCAAAAUGUGUCCAUUCAGAGAAAAAAUACUAAAAUGCUGACAGAUUUUCAUGAGGGCUCUUUUAAAAAUAUCUGCAAAUUGGUGCAGAAAUGGGGCAAACUGAACUUAAGAGAGGAAAGCAGAGAGACUGAAAGAAACCGUAAUUGACAGGUUCAUCCAUCUCUAACUGGGUUCAUGCUCUGCUACACCAACCAGCAAGGGAAAGAAAGAUGUGUUUGUAAUUGGGACACUGCUGAGAAGUGCAAUGAAUUUAAUGGAACUUUAAAAACUCUUUGGGAUAUUUAACAGUUGAAUUUUACCUAUUGCUCCUCUGCAGAACCAUCCAAGAAGAGUGAGUAACGUGUUUGUUUGUGUGUUUUGUUCUUUUCUCUCUCCUUUUAUUGCUCCUUCUCUGCUCUUACUUCCUUUACCUCUUUACAAUUUCAGGUGGUAGGCUGGUUAACUGGGGGUGAGGGGAAAAUUUUGGCUUGGGAGGUGUGUGACGGCGUGGGGUGUGUUCUACUUUGUGUUUCCAUUGCAUGUAUGGUUUUCUCAUUGCUGAUGGAUCGUUUAAUAAAACAGUACCAACCGUUAUUAACAAAAAUUAAAUUGAAAAGCCAGAAAAUGGCCACAUUCAAAAAUUUAAAAAAAAACCAUAAACCAUUGCGCCCACUUCACUACUACCUGCCAGUGCUGCAGAGAAACAAAUUAUGAUUCCUAGUUUUGCUUUGCAUUCAAAUCAGGCAUCAUGGGGUUUUUUGAUCCAAGAAACCACAGUCUACAGUCAAGGUUUGUUCUUGAUCCUAGUUUAUUGGAGCAAAACAUACAAUAAUCCCCAUUUGGGAUGUAAUGCUAAGCUAGGAUUCAUAGUUUGUUCCCACUAUAUGCUAGUGGGGAGGAGCGUAACAUGAGCACACAUUCAUAGUAUACCAUUAACUAUGGUUUACUUUGACCUGAGAUUUCAAGUGAAGCGGGGGAAUAGAGAUGUGCAAAAUAAUGCAAAACACAGGAAAAAUAAAUAGAGAUAAAGCAUUAGAUGAUUGAUCACGAGGGCACAAUUUUCAUCUGUGGGUUGUGAGUUAAAGCCAUGCUUUAUGCAAUAUGAACUGAAAAUUAAAAUAUUCAAGAUGGCCUUUCCUUGUAACCAUGAGUGAUAACCUUUGUUUAUUAAGCUGCAUGCUACCUUCCUUCAGUUUGUUAAAAAGGCACCUAUGGUAAGUCUGUGCUUAAUAUGUAAAUAUUUAUAUAUAUAUAUAUUCAGUUAAUGAAUUAAAAGAAUAUAUCUAGUGGAUUGACAGCCCUGUUUCAAAAACCAGCCUUGCAUAUGUGCCUCUGCAGAACCUCUUCUUUUAAACAUAAUCAUAAUUAUCCUGAUUCUGUGAAAUGUUGAGGUGAUGGGCAGUGAACAUAAUGCAAAGAAACCACCUUAUUUGUCUGCUUUAUUACAGCAGCAACAACAACAUGUGGAUUUUUGUGUACCAACAGCUUUGGGGAGGACCAGGUGUGCGCUGUGGGUAGUGAGGCAGUGUGCCAUUUGGAAAUCCUGUCGCACCGUCAACCAAAGUGGUUCAGGCCAUAAGCGCCACGGGCGGAAAUAAUAAUAAAGCAUAUGAAUAUAUAAAAGCACCUUAUGUGGAUUCAUAUCAUUGCUCUGUCUAAGCCAUUUCUGUCCACUCCAGUUGGUACCUCUGCCACCUUUUCCAACCGUGGUAUUUAACAGCAUCCCCCAGUCUCCAGGUGCUUUCAACUACAACUCCCAUCACCCCCAGCCACCAUGGCCAGUUGGGAGUUGUAAUCUACAGGGACCAGGUUGGGGAAGACUGCUAUCUGUGGAGCAUCCAGCAUCAAUGGGAUGGUAGUGUACGCCAGCUGCAAGUGACUAGAAAAGCCAGUUUUCCACUGACACCUCUCUCUUUUCGCAUUGUUGCUCAUUUUUCCAGGAGAGGACGAUGACGACGAUGAAUGUGGGGAAGAGAAGCUGCCCUCCUGCUUUGACUAUGUGAUGCACUUUCUGACCGUCUUCUGGAAGGUCCUUUUUGCCUUUGUCCCCCCUACAGACUACUGGAAUGGUUGGGCUUGUUUUGUUGUGUCCAUCUUAAUGAUCGGCCUUCUGACUGCGUUCAUUGGGGACUUGGCGUCCCAUUUUGGCUGCACCAUUGGGCUGAAGGAUUCUGUGACUGCAGUCGUGUUCGUUGCAUUGGGGACUUCAGUGCCAGGUAAAGAAAAAAGAAACAACACCAAAAACGCAAAUAUAGUCACAAUAAUUUCGUGCCUUGCCAAUGUUUUUCAUGCCAUUGUACUCUGCUGUGUGGGGCGGGGGGGAUCCCAAGAGACCUGGCAACAGUCCAGGAUUUUCCAUCUGGACUGUGUGUCUAUGCAAUUUGUAACACAGAUUGUAGGAGGAAGAUUUAGUUAACAAUUAUCAACCCAUUUAUUUGCAAAACAAUUAUUUUAGAACCAAGCGGGUUAUUCCAGAAUAUGUAAUGGGCUGCUUGCAACCUUAGUCCAUUUACUUCUAAGUAGCCUUAGUUAAAUUGUAAGGAGCAUAUUACUUGUACUAUGAGUCAUUUUGUAAAAAUGCACAUAGCAGUAGGUUCUGGGGAGCCAAAUCGGAAGGGUAGUAAGGAGAGAAUUAACCUUCCUGCUAUCAAUAAGACCUUCCCUUUAUGCACAGAGCAGCUUGGGGCAGAUUGGUUUUUGUCAGGAUUGGGUGGAAGCUUAAACUACUACUCCCUGCUCCCCACAGACCCAAUUCUGAUCAGGGGCCCCAAAUGCUGCUGUUUGUAUUUUUAAAGCUAUUCAUUAAACCAUGCAUUUAGUGUCAUGAGUUGUUUGGCCCAUGUACAUACAAGAGACUCCUGGUGAUUCAGAUGACGCUCAGGUAAUCAAUUGCAGAGGAGAGCACUGAAUGAACCUUAUGUAUUGUUUGCACACACUUGUACCCCGGUUUGGAGCACAUGCGUCAAAUUUUAGGCUGCGCAUUAAAACCUUACACAAGAAAUCAGGGGAAAUAAUCAGGUCAGAGAACAAUUAAAGGCAUUAAACAAAACAAAAAACAUGUUCUUGAGCAAGAGACCUAAAUAUUUUCUGCCAACCAGAUAUUUACAUAUUAACCCCAGAAUCUAAUGGAAGAGUCCUCAUAAGAAUUUGAAAUAAUUGCUGUGUUUCGUGUUGCUUUUCUCCAAAUAUAUAUUUGAUGAGUGCAUAACCAAAGACAGAGAUGAGGAGUGUGUGGCCCUCUAGUUGUUGCUGGACUCCAACUCCCAUCAGCUCUAGCCAGCAUGGAACCCACUGCCUUGUCACACAGGGGGGAAGGAGCAAGGACAAAAUUUGAUGCCCGCAAAGCCAGAUAAGCAAGGCACCAGAGAUUCUCCUAUUAAAGCCCCAUUUAAAUGAGCGAGAGCAGCGCAGUAGUGCUGCUGUCAGAACAGCUCUUAUCCAUCAGCCACAUGUGUUGAAAUCCAUCACAUUCAAGGGAGCUAUAUGCAAAAUAUGUUAGCUGCGUGCUGAAAAAAAUCCCCAGGGGCCUAAGUCUUUUACGCUGGGCACCAUUCACAGUGGCAGUGGUUCUUAAGCUGUUGCCCCACAUGCUAAAGAGGUAACCCACUUCCCACUUUAAAUCUAGGCUGAAGAGCAGCGUGUGUCUUUCAGUAUGAGCUGAAGUUUGUCUUAUGCCAGGUCCAAAUUCUUUGUUAAUCUAACAUAGAAUUAUCUGCAUCGGCUGCUUGUUCUUUCGGGCACUGCAGGGUCUCAAGCAGAGAAGGAUCUUUCGCAUCCACUGUUACCUGACCCUGUUAAGGGGAGGCACCGUGGUUUGACCCUGGAACCACCUACCUUGAGGCAUGUGAUCUGCCACUAAGCUAGACUCCCUCUCUCAAGUGUUGCUUCCACCACCAGCAGCAAGUGCAGGAGGCACUUCAAACAAAACAACCUUCUUCCACCCUGUGUGCAGUUCUCCAUGCACUCAUGCCACAUAUACCAGUGUGUCCUACCAGUAAAGGGCAAAUUUGGAGGCUGAGUUUUAAUGCAAAAACUUUUGAAAGUCUUUUGCCAUGUGGUGUCCAUGAAGACAUGCAGUGAUCUGCAAAAAGAAAGUAAACUUGAAUAAUUGUUCUCAGUACGUAGAGAUUUUAAGAAACAUUUGCCCAUUACUGAUUCCGUCUGAUAUGAAUUACCUCUGCCCACUGAGCUGCCAGCACUGGACCAAUCUGUAACAUCAUAUGUCAAGGAAGGAGUCCAGGAUAUACAGUGGACGCUCGGGUUGCAAACAUGAUCCGUGCAGGAGGCACGUUCGCAACCCGCAGCAUCUGUGACCCAUGCAUCUGCACAUGCGCAGGUCGCAAUUUGGCGCUUCUGAGCAUGCGCAAAGCGCAAUUUAGAGCUUCUACACAUGUGCAAGCGCUGAAACCCAAAAGUAACCGUUCUAGUACUUCCUGCUUUGGCGCGGUGCGCAACCCGAAAUCGCACAACCCAAAGUGUCUGUAACCCGAGGUAUGACUGUAGCUAAUUCCCAAGCCCCCUCUGUCCCUGUUCCAGUUAGCAUGGCAAUGGCUCUUCCCAUUUAGUUUUGGGUUUAGUGUUUUUUUCCAAGCAGUGUUGAAGGACACACACUGCAGCCCUUCGCUUGCCACUAAGGCAUGCGCCUCCAAGGGCUGAUGGACUCCAGUUCCCAUCAGCCCCAGCCAGCUCUGGCAGGUGAUCAGGAAAGAUGGGAGUUGCAGCCCACCAAUUUCUGGAGGCUCUCAAGUUCCUCACAAAUGUAAAAAGGGGAAAUACUGGAUGCUAAGCUACACACACUUUUGCACUGUGAAGAGCAUAACAAUACCGACCUCCAUUGCAGGGACAUUUUGAGGAUCACCAGGCUAAUGCAUGUGACCUGCUUUGAACACUUGGAAAGUGUUGUCUAAGAGGGAUGGACCUGCUCUGCAAAAUCUAUGGGUUCUGGGGCUGUGCUAGGACAAAGAGGAGGUGACUUUGUUAGCAUUUGUCUCACCCUCCAAUCCAUCCUAACUCCGACCUGUGGAUCUGUUAUAUAAAGCUAUAUUUGCAUGAGAACUGAGAGGUCAUUCAGUCUGAGGGAAAGGUUUCAUGGCUGGGUUGUUUUCAGGAACAGUUCUUCCAAAAAUAUCUCAUGCCAUCUAUCAUGUAUCUCUCAUAUGCUGGAAGCAAGAUUGUGUGUGUGUGUGUGUGUGUGUGUGUGUGUGUGUUCCCCUAGCAUCCCCAAACAUCCAAAGCUUUUUUUCCCCACUUCAAAGCAGCUUCAGCCAACCUUUCAUUUCUGAAUAUAACAGCCACUUUCUAGCAUGUUCAUACACAAUUCCUGAAAACAGAGUGGCAUUUAGCAUCGGGGGCUGUCUUUUGCUGCGGGAACAGCUAAUGAAACUCUCUUUUAAUGACUAUUGAAAUAGAAAGCUCCCUUUUCUGUUGGUGCAACGUCGGUUCACGUUACUUUGAAAGAGCAAACUCGUUAUGAAACUUGUCGCAGUCUCUAAAAAUUACUUACACUUCUGUAAGCCUGUUAAGGGCUGAGGCGCUUACAGAAGGGAAGAGGGCUACUCUGCGGCGGGAUGGUGACAUUUAACUGCAUUGCAAAUGCGCAGCACAAUAUCAAAAUCAAGUAACUUGCAAUAAAAAGCUAAGCCACCCCCCGCCGCCAAGCAGUCAUCACUUAUCCUAAGAAAAUAUGCAGAUUAUAAAUGAUCAGCCUGACAAUAAUCUUUUCUACAAUGAAAAUGACAGCUUAAUCCUUGAACAGGCAUCUAUAACCAUCCCCAUUCUCUGUGAAGGCAUACCAUUAAUAAAUGACACUUUACUUAGACUAAAUUUGCAAUGUAGCCUCAUUUAUUAAUUGCUGCUUAUUUCUGUAGCGUAAAUUCACAUAGUAAUAAUGCCUGCAUAUUGAUACAGCAAUUCAAAAUGUUCCAAGUGAUUCAGUAAAUAUUAGCUCUUUAAUCUUUACAACAACCACCCUAGGUAACCUCACCAGGAGAGGGUACCUGUGGCCCUCCAGAUGCUGUUGGCUACAGUUCACAUCCUGUUUGGCCCCAGGAAAUGCUGGCUGGGGCUGAUGGGAGAUGGAGUCCAACAGUUUUUGCGACAUCACAGGUUCCCCAUCCUUGACACACCGCCGUAGCAAGAUUCCAUCUGCCUGCCUAAUUCUAACUGACUGGGCUUUGAGCAGAGAAGCACCGUAUCAGCAUCAUGGAGCGUAGCAAAUUAAUCAGUUUAACAAGGGACAAACAUUUUACCCAUUCCUUUUCUUUGUUGAAUAUUUAUUCAUUCGUUCAUUUUACUUAUUAUCGCCCUUCGUCUAAGGAUCACAGGGUGUAAAUCACACUGUUCCUAAUUGAAGUUAACUCUUUGUUAGCAAAAACAGAAUUGGCACCGGAGUUUCAGGCCUAAUGAGCACAACUCAUCUCCAGUAGGUCUUGUCCCCAUGAAGCAGUUGCUCAGAUUGAAGGUUCCCCACCUCCCCACAGCUGCCUAAGUCCCCCUCCUCUCCAGGUUUUUUCCCAAGCAACCAGAGACUGCGCCUGUGUGUCACCAAUCUCUCCUCCACCAUCUUCAUACCUCUUCUGGUUCCGGGAAACAAGAGGGUAGGGGAACUUGUUGCAGCAGGAGGGCAUAGUGGCUCUUCCCCAGCCUGACUCAUGUCUGCCUCUUGGCUUCCGUCCUCUCCCUCACCUGGUUCAGCUUCUGCAUCUGAUUCUGGAUGUCUUUCUACCACAAACUUUCUCUGCUCCCUAAGUCCCAUGACCUCCUCAGCUUCCGGCACCGCCUUUCCCCAGUCUUCUCCCUCUUCAUUGUCCCACCACCAAUCCCCAGGCUCGUAGUCUUCUUCCCCUAAGGGUUCCUCAGCUGGUUCCUCCCACCGUUCCUCUGCAUCCAACUAGUCCAUGACCCAAGGCAGUUUACAAUGUAAAUAUUCACUCAUUCUUCCUCUGUCUGCACCGGUUUGUAAUUAUACCUUUACUUUUGUUUUACUGCCAGUAGAAAGGGACAUUUAAAAUCAACCAGAAACCUCAAAUGUUGCCAUGUAUAAUCACCCCAUAGCAAGAGAGCACCUGUUCAGGGUUCUAGCUAGGCAACCAGUCACCUGCUCCUCCAGAGCCCUCUAGGAGGUGUGGGGUUCUGAGCUACCAUGCAUAGGACUUCGCUGUAAGUUGCAAGCACAGCACCAGUUGCAUUGAUGGCACCUAGUUUUUGGAAAAACAAACUUAUAGGCAUCUCAUCACGUUGAAACAGCCGUGCUGAUCUUGGAGUGGAACACAUUAAUAAGCCAAGUAAUUGAACUAUCCCUAUGAGUCAUUCAAGUGCAACAGCAAAGUGAAUAUAAUAUAUUAUCAAGUUCCCGUUUGAGAGACUGGAUUCCUUAGCAGAUUGCAAUAACAUUUUAUGACAUAAUUUAAUUCCACUGACCUCAAUGAAUAAUGAGGUGGUGCUUAAAUCAUGUGUAAAUAAUGUUUAUUACCAUUUUUUUAAAACAAAAAAACCCCAUGAUUUUAAAAAUAUAUUGAAUAUCCCAUUAAAUGAUAUAAAGAAGAGCGCAGCAGCAGCAACUGGCUACAUAAAGUACAUUAUCCCAUACUUGGGGCUGGAGCGGUGAGAGAAUAAGGCCAGGAUUUGGAGAUAUAUGCUUCAACGUAUCUCCUUACUCACUGGGGUAAGGUGCCAACAGAGUGGCUAAAUUCUACAGCAGAUUUCUCUGGCAGAUGCUUUGUCCUUUAAAUUUUAAAUAAAUUUUCUUUUUCAUCAGCUUUGCAACUCUACAAUCUUGCAGAAAUGUUUAUUACAGUUGGAUCCAUCCAUAACAUACAACUCCACUCCCCCAUCCCAUCACUUUUGUUAAACACUUGUCCUGUUCCAUCACUCUGAAUGUGCAGAGAUCUUUUUGUACCUGUGCGCAUGCAGCUUAAAAAUAAAUAAAUCACAAGAAAUAGGCAAAAGAGCCAUUUACUGGGCUCUAUCCAGCAUGCUUCAGUAUGGGCGAAAUAGUGGUUUGUGCUUACAACAUCCAUAUCCAUUUUGAUCUGGAUUUGUUUUUGUUUUUAAAAAAUUAAUACAGAAGUCCUGCACAAGAUUUGAUAUGUAGCUAUACUGACAUUCUCUGUUUAUGUACUGCAGUGACAAUCUCCAAGGUAAUCCCCGACACAUGUUGAGAUCCUGAAAGAACUUGGUUGUUGACAUUCCAACAGCAUGCGGCAAUUGGUGGAAAUAGGUGUACAACAUUUGGGUUGCCAGAAACAAAGGGUAGACCUAGCUAAUGUUAGACCUCCUCAAGAGCUGACCCACUGAAAUUGAUGGUCAUGGCUAACGUAGGUGCAUUAAUUUCAAGGGGUCUGCUUUGAGUAGAACUUAAGACACAGCCCAAAAUGGCUAAGUUGCACUCAGGCGAGGAGCAAAUAAAAGUAGGAAUGUGGUGAUGGAGACCCAAAUAUCACCACAUGCAUAACAACCCGCUCACCACACAAAAAAUGUGCUAAUGAACCUUCACACUAGCUGUGUUAGGGGGCUUCCAAAUCUGCCCUUUACUGCAUAAUCACCUUAUUCUUUUCAAUUUUUUCAAGGCCUCAGUUGGUUAGAGUGUGGCGCUUAUAACUCCAAGAUUGCAGGUUCAGUCCCUGUAUGGGACAGCUGCAUAUUCCUGCAUUGCAGGGGGUUGGACUAGAUGACCCUCGGGAUCCCUUCCAAAUCUACAAUUCUAUGAUUCUAAUUCUAUGGUGUAGUUCAGCAUUUGCUGGUAUCUCAGGAUCCCCCCCCCCCCAACAUUUCAUGGUAGACAGUAAAACUACAUUGAACCACUUUAUCAUACCCUACCACAAAAAAACCACAACUUGUGAGGGAGAGGCUGAAAAAAGACUGAGAGACCUUCAGUUGUCUGGAGAAUAAGACCAACUGAUACUACUACAAUAAUUAUUUAUGACUUAUACCCCGCCCAUCUGAUGGACUUACCGCAGUCACUCUGAGCAGCGUCCAACAUAAUAUAAAAACACAUGGAGACAUCAAACAUUUAAAAAAUUCUGCUAUCCCAAUUUCAUGGCAAUCUGCCUAGGUAAUGACCAACAUCUGCUUUGAUGCUCCCAUUAGAAGUACACUUACCGAUUUUCCACGUUAAUAUGAAAUCUGGAUUUAAUAUUUUUUAAAAGGUACAGGGUGGCAUUUUGAAGAUAUCAUAUGGAUUUUGAUGACAUCAUAUGGCAUCAUAUGGAUAAUGCAAGGGGGGGAGGUGUCUAGAAGCACCCUAAAUGAGCCACAGCUGCACAACAUCAGCUUUCAAUGACUAUCAGAGAGCAACUCUUUUGUAGCAUUUUUCAAAUUGUAAUGGCAAGGGCUGUUCUUGCCACCUACACCCUUUUUUUUUUACUAUAGAGGUCAAACGAAGCCCAACAGUGGGCGUCUUUCGUGAGCAAUGCAAGAGGCGAUCUUACAGUGCCAUCCUAUACGGGUCUAUUGCUUAGUUCAAUGCAUCGUAAUAAUAAUAAUAAUAAAAUUUUAUUUAUAUCUCGCCCUCCCCAGCCGAAGCCGGGCUCAGAGAGGCUAACAACAGUAAAAUAACACAACAUUCUAAAAUCAUUUCAAUAUAAAAUCAGUUCAAAACAAAUUAAUGGCAACCAUUGGGCUAGAGUUCUGUGAGGAUUGCCAAAGGAGGGGGUCAGGCUAAGCCCUGGCCAAAGGCCUGGUGGAACAGCUCUGUCUUGCAGGCCCUGCGGAAAGAUGUCAAGUCCCGCAGGGCCCUAGUCUCUUGUGACAGAGUGUUCCACCAGAUUGGAGCCACAGCCAAAAAAGCCCUGGCUCUGGUUGAGGCCAGCCUAACCUCCCUGUGGCCCAGGACCUCCAAGAUGUUUUUGUUUGAAGACUGUAAGGUCCUCCAUGGGACAUACCAGGAGAGGCAGUCCCGUAGGUCCUAGGCCGUAAAUCCCAGGUGUAUAGGAAUGUAGGCUCAAUCUUGUGUUUUUUGCAGGUGCAUGAAUGAUCCAUAAAAUCACCCUCUCCUGUAUCUGAAAAAUAGCCCCUGGGCAGUGGCCCUGACUCUGUGAUGGAGUGUCUAUCAGAAACUCCUGUGGCUGCCACAUUAAUAGCCACAAAGGAGCCGAGUAAUUCUGAUGUCAAUUAUGAAGCAUAAUUAUUAAGUUGUUGGGGUGCUGCUGAGACAAAAGUGUGGCGAGAUUGCCUUUUUCCUUUCCUACAGCAAUUAUAGAAAUUUCCAGUGUGCUAUUUUUAUGGGUAAAAGCAGCUUUUGAAUUUCACUGUAAAUUAACUUUCUUGCUAUAUUUAUUUGGCCUUUUCUUUCCCUGGGAAAGAAGAGCUUAGCUGCCAGCUGGGAUUUCAUAAUUCUGCUUUCAAAACUCCAUGGGAAGAACAUGUUUCUAAAACUUCUUGUGCUGGCGGGGAGCAGUUUGGGGGCAGGGGGGGAGAAGGAAUGAAAUUUUAAACAACUGCUAUUUUUUUCAUGAGCUAUUCUUUAUCUCCCUUUUACCCAGGUUGACCUGGGAGUGCUUAAGUGCAUUAAGUAAUCACUUUGUUGAAAAUUUUGCUGCAUUGUCUUUGAUCACCCCCAAACUUUCCAAAAAAUAUUGACUUAUGCAUUUUGGAUGGGUUUUAAAUGACACUUUUCCUCCUCUAAUGAAAUGGAUAUUUAUUUGUUGUUGGAGUACCACAAAGUCAACAGAUGGCUGGAAAGAUAAAAUAUUGGGAUAGGUGGAAAAUAACCAACACUGGUUUAAAGUGCAGAGAAGGCGACUCAGUGUAGACUUAGUAGUAGUAGUAGUAGUAAUUAAAGGCAACUCAAAGCAAUGUAAUUCUGUGCCCCUCUAAACUAUGGUUUGCAAAAUAGCAGCCAGCCUCAGGAAAGAGUGCUUCCUUUGCCUUCCUCUUCUUCCCCACUUUGUAGAGUAACAUCCUCUCUUCCUAUGCAGGUGUUAAAUAUGGCUUCAGGUUACAUGUGAGCUGGUGUGAUGUAGUGUCUAAGGACAGAGCUAUGAAUAAGAAAGUAGCUGGUUGAUUUAAAUCUCUUCUCCGCCAUGAGAGCUCAGGCUUUCUCUCAGGAUCAACCUAUUCAUCUGCAAUAGAGAGGAUAAUGAGACUGACUUACAAGGCUGUUGGUAAAGACUGCAACCCAGUAAUGAUGCAAAAUGCUAUACAGGCAACUCCCCGCUUAUGCAGGGGGUUAUAUUCCGGGGCCCCACACGCAUAAGUAAAAUCACGUAAAGUAGGGAGCACUCCUUAAGCUCCUCUUUUUACCUGCUCUCCAUGCUCUUUUUCUUUUAUACAAUACAUUUGCUUCCAGAUUUCCAGAAAGGGCAGGGAACAGUGCGUCCAAACCCAUGCAAUACAGCUUCCUCCUGCCCAACAGCUAUUGAGUGGGGUAGCGCAGCAGCAGUGAGUGCUCCCACAUGCCAUUUUGGAACCCAUAAGGGUGUGUUUUUUUAGAAAAAAAGCUUUUAAAACCUUUAUUUGUGGACUUUUGGCUCACUAACAUCCUCUUCCGGCUCUGGGGUUUGAAUUGAAUUAUUUGUUUUUUUAUAAAGUGCCAUGCACAUGAGUCGAUCAUGGGCAACUGGGAGUUGCUUCUACAAAUGCUAAUGGUUAUUAUUACUGACAAAACCCACAUUAACCAUGGGUCACUUGUGCUAGAAACCAUGGCUUGGAAUUGAUUUUGGAAUCACGGCCACAUGGGAAUUUCGUUGUUUUAACCAUGGUUAUCAAGAUGUUCCCCAAGGCUAGCAACCGGUUUGUAAAGCAUCAUUUGCAGGGUGCUAUCCUUACCAGGCGCAGAGUAGAAUCGAUUGUUAGAAAAAGUGGGUGCCUGUACCAUGGGUCACACCUCGUAACCUUUGAAAGGGAAACUUGCGUGGAAUAAAUCUGUAAACUGAAGGUGCUGUUUAUCCUUUUCAUCUGCUCUCCAUCGCCUUUCCUCCGGCUAUUAUAAGAGAAGUGAGAAGCAAGAGUGAAGUUCACUUAAAUACCGUAUUUUUUGCUCUAUAAGACUCACUUUUUCCUCCUAAAAAGUAAGGGGUAAUGUGUGUGCGAUUUAUGGAGCAAAUGCAGGCUGCGCAGCUAUCCCAGAAGCCAGAACAACAAGAGGGAUUGCUGCUUUCGCUGUGCAGCGAUCCCUCUUGCUGUUCUGGCUUCUGGGAGUCAGAAUAUUUUUUUCCUUGUUUUCCUCCUCCAAAAACUAGGUGCGUCUUAUGGUCUGGUGCAUCUUAUAGAGCGAAAAAUACGGUAUCUGCAUAUUGGUGCUUGCUUAAAACCAAACCCUCUCAUAGACUCCUGUGUCUUUUGAAAGGCAAAUCAUCUUUGGAUGGGAUCUAGAAGGUGAGAGAGAACAUGCAAAUAAGAAUGUAUUCAAACUUUCAAGCAGCUUUCAGCGACUUAUUCUCAUGGGAAGCUACCACAGAAUAGGGCUGUGCAUGUUCCAUUUUCAGAUAAGACCCCCUUUAUGCCUGAAUCUGGCUACUUUAGGCUUGCAGUCUGAGGUUCUUGCUCUGAGAGGAUCUCAGUUUUUCAACUGAGACUGGGUGCUUAGCAACUAAGCUUUCCUGCAGGUUGACUUUGGUUUCAUGUUUAAAUUGAUCGCUGAGUUAAGCUGGUAUGUGAAUUAACUAUGGGCAUGCUGGAGGGCACGGGAAAUAUGCAUGCAAUAAGACUGCUAGCACAUUUGCAAAGCUAAGCAGGGUACAGAUGAUUUCAAAUUGGAUGGGGGACGGCGUGUUGAGAUUCCUACAUUGCAGGGUGUUGGGCUAGAUGGGCCUCCAACUCUACAGUUCUAUCAUUCUAUGUUGUUAGUGAAUUAACCCUGUACUUGCUAUAAAGGUGGUUGGGAAAUUAAACAGCAAAGUAGAGGAGGCUGUAUUCUGUGAAAAUGAGGAGGAACAAAUCUGAGAGUCUACCCCGGAAGUCUAUCGGCAUAUAUUUAUGUGACAAGGCAAGUUGCAACGACUGGUUCACACCGCAAAUGACAUUGCAUUGCUAAGCAAGUUGACUUCCGCUUUGCCCUAAUAUGCCGCCACCAAGCCCCUUGGGGUGGCAAACAGGUGCAAGAUUAACAACGGUGUUUCUUUUCACUCCGCAGACACGUUUGCCAGCAAGGUGGCAGCCACGCAGGAUCAAUACGCAGACGCUUCCAUAGGCAACGUCACCGGGAGCAACGCAGUGAAUGUUUUCCUGGGGAUUGGUGUCGCCUGGUCCAUCGCUGCCAUCUACCACGCAGCCAACGGCAGGGCAUUUGAAGUCCAACCAGGCACCCUGGCUUUCUCCGUCACCCUCUUCACUAUAUUUGCUUUUAUCAGUGUUGGCGUGCUCCUCUACCGGCGGAGACCGGAGAUUGGAGGUGAGCUGGGCGGGCCACGGACUGCCAAGAUUCUGACCUCAUGCCUCUUUGUGCUCCUCUGGCUCUUGUACAUAUUAUUCUCAUCUCUGGAAGCCUACUGCCACAUACAGGGCUUCUAAAAGAACUAUUGGAGAGAGCAUCUAUAUGUAUCUAUAUAUACAGAGAGAGAGAAAGAGAGAGAGAUAGGUAUAUAGAUAUAGAUCUAAUAUUAUUGAACUGAGGAAGAAAAGACAUUUUGCCAUGUUCACUUAUCUACUGAUGGAAUGUAGCUUUGCGGUAGGAGUUUGGAACCUGCAGGACUCUCCACCAGGGGCAGCGUCUUAGAAACAGAGGCACAGAUGCAGGGCCAUCUUUGCAACUCAACCUACGAGAUCACGAUGGAGUUACUUUCUAUUUCCCCCUUCUCCUCCCCUAGAUGAGGACUGAUCUGAUUGCAGUUGGGGGGGAGGGCCUUGAUUGGAAUGGCAAAAGGCCAGGUUCAGCUAUAUCGUAUUGAGUGGAUGACUUUCCAAGGGGAGUUCUUGACUUUCUUACCGAUAUCUUUGUUGCCUUCUUCAUAACUCAAGAAUGAGCCGAAUCAUCGCCCUCAAAGAAAACAUGUGAGUGUGGAGUGACAUACAUGGUCCGGGGGCUUUCUAGCCUCCAUGCUGUUUUGGGGUGUGGUUGGUUGUUGUUGUUUUUUUGUAUUCUUCCCCCUUUGCUGUCCAGCUAUUAAGAGUACCUUACGUUGAAAACAACCACACAAAUCCCUUUUCCCGUGUUUUUUUCUCUUUUCUUUUGGAACUGUAUUUAUGAUUGGUGCAUCCAGUCCCCCUUUAAAAGAAAAACGAUCUUCUUAGACAGCCUUUGACCAGCACUCCAUUUGCUCCAAAACUGUGGAAUUUACAGACACAUGCCCAAAGCCCUAAUGUCCAACUCCUGCUUCGCUUUUUUGUUCUCGCUCUGACGUGCCUCGUCAGAUUUCUUUCACUUACCUCCUGUGCCCUUGCCCACCCUGCUGCCACUCUUUGCUGCCCUGCUCCUUCUCAUGCUCCUCUUUGGGAAUGCUUUCAUGGUACUUGCUGUAACACUUUGCAUGAAAGAAGCAAACCAUAAUCUGUAAUAUAGCAUUGAAUAGCGGUGAUAGUCUGCUCAGCGAUGCCGAUUGAACACUGAAGAUGCAAGUAUGUGGUCUUUUUUCUCUCUCUCUUUCUUUCCACACUUUUCCUUUCCUUUUUAACAAACAGGAUGAGAGGCAGGAGAUAGCUGGCAGUCCUUUGCUCUGCAUAAGUGUCCUAAGAAGCAAUAACCAAGAGAUGUGUGGAAAUGCGUGUGUUUUAAAAGGGAAAAUUUGCGCAGAGUCUUAGGCCAUUCUAGAAAGGGAUCUUACCUGCCAGCCAAGCUUAGGAUGAACUUGAACAUAGGAACCUGCUUAUACUGAGUCAGGCCAAUGGCCCAUCUAGCACAGUACUGUCCACUCUGACUGGCAGAGGCAUCUUCCAGCUACCUACCAUUUUUAACUCAAGAGUCCAUGGGUCAAACCUGGGACUUUCGGCAUACAAAGCAUAGGCUCUACCACUGAGUUACAGAUGUGUAGAACCUGCUUUGCAUCUAGUCUGUAUGAACUAAGUGGGUCUUAGCAUUGCUCACGCUAAGUAUGAGUAGCCAUAUCAAGCCCUAAAUAAGCAGAAUACCCUUGAGCUUUUCUUCAAGUGUCAGUUUCCACUCCCCAAUAUAUUUAUGCUGUGUUUGUUUCUGUCUUUAAGAACCUGAUGUGCCAACCCUUUGGCACCUUUGGCUUCAGCACUUUGAAAACCUGUACCCUGGUCCAGUCUUCAUGAAGGGCACCUUGCAGACACAGUCAGAUUUAGUCCCCUCCAGUGGAUGUUAAACAUUCCACUACCCACCAAUCUUCAUUGUCCUAGCUAGGAAAAGUGGCAAAUCUUGCACUGUCCAGCAGUGGAUGCAUUUUGUCCCUGGGAGCUAGAAGUUGGACUCCUGCUAUUUAUUAGUUAGUCAUUGUGAGCUAUAGACUCAGUCCUUGUACAAUUGCACAGAGAGGUACUGAAACAGCUUUUGCUUUGGAAAUGCCAUCAUCCAGCUCUCAGGUACAGAGGAUGCUUGCUUUGUUGCUGGGUUGUUUGUUUUUUCCAUCUCUCCCCAUCCACCUUUCUUCCCCAACACCUUUCUCAUUUAUCAGAUCCCCACCCUGUCUCCAAGCUCUGGUGCUCAUGGAAGGAACAAGCCAUUUAGAAAAGGAUCAGAACAAGGGAAGUCAGCCAGUCUUAAGAUACCACCAGGGUAGCAUGGAAGGACCCUUCAAUGGAACCAAAACCCUGUGGUGAUUGUAGGAAAGGAUCAGGUCUACACAUCAGGAGAUCCAAAAAUAGAAAUGAAGGGGGCUGCUCAGCAGUCAUGGGCCACUGUUGCUUGCUCUGUAGAUGGAGAAAAUGCAGGAGUGGUGAGGAGAGAGAAUUCUGACUGUAGCAGCUUGGAACUACUUGAGUGGAGACGAAAAUGGGUACCCAGGGCUGAGUAAGGAGAGCUGCUCAAGCAAGCAGGACAAGGGGAGCUGUUCAAGGAAGCAUCUGAAUUGACACAGCAGGAAAAGCAGAGAUUAGGAAGACAGAGCCUGCUAAAAUAAAUCCGCUCUCCCACCCUAAUAGAACAACAAGGUCCACUUGGUGGAGAUGUGCAGGAGCUCAUCACCAAUGCUUCCUUCCUCUUAAGCAAAGUCUAUUUACAGGGGAACAGAAACACGGUCAAUCUUUUUGGCAGACAAGUGCACACAGCGUGUGCGCCUUCCCUGGCCACAUUAAAGCUAGUGGGUGUGCACUUCUGGAAUUAAAAAGAAGACCCGUGCAAACACUUACUUAAGUGCAAUACUGCAUCUCAGUUGGAUGAGCAUGUGGUCGGUGUGCCUUCCGGAGAGAGCUAGGAGGGUGGUUUUCAGGGUGGCGAGCAGCUGCCAACUGGAGGGAAGGCAAAUCCAUUCACACUUUUGAUCUCCUAAAACAGUGAUCCAUGCUCAGGAGUGAGGUUGUUGGUCCAUCUAGCUCAGUUCUGUCUACUCCCAGUGGAAGUGUUUCUCUGGGGUCUUGCAUCAGACAUGCCAGAGGCUGCAACUGGGACCUUAUGUGCAAAGCGUAACAGCUGUGGCUCUGCAGUGUGUGAUUGGCCUCAUGAUUUGAGUGGUGUUGCUUGGGGACAAAAGGAAGGUGGUGGAAUUUGCAAGCCAUGCCCCAAAACCCAAGCCCUAGUCUUUCUUCCGUUAGUACAUCUAAUGGCAGUAUCAGGGAGCGUCCUUAGAGCCACAUUAUUUCCUCUAUAGAUUGACCCAAACAACUGCUCUUCUCUCACACUGUGACACAUGGAGUGAUUCCCCACCCCCACACAAAAAAAUAUAAUCACAUGCCAGGAGCAAAAUGGUUGGGUGUAUCCAUUCUAAGAAGCUGGAGGGGGCAGAUAGCAAUAGAACCCCUCCAUCUUGUAAAACAACAGGAAACUGUGUCCACGCACCUUAGCUGGACCAGAACACCAACUGCUAUAGGAUCAUUUGUUAAACGUCAGAGGAAAUUCUAAUUGCAUUAUUAACCCUAUAAUGACUGAAUGGAGGAUGUUGCUGGGGGAGGUGGGUUCUCUCUUUGUAUUAGCAGAUUUCUUACUAGACUACAGCCUCCAGAUUCAUUCAGGUCCAUGGUAUUUUUGCCAAUGUAAUGAAUGAGAGGUGUGGAACAGCCCAGAGCCAUGCUCAAGAGUUCCCUGUUCAUUUUAAGUGGGAGGGGGGAGAAUGGCAAGCUUUACAUGCACAUUUUGUUGUCCGUUGAAAUGAAGGAGAAGCCCUGUGCACACAAAACACUUCCCUGCGCCUAUCCUUCAUUCGUUGUGAUUGCGGAAAUAAACCACUGCUGGUCAAAUCCUUAGUAGCUUCUUCUGGGCCAGCUAAAGUUUGUGAAUGAACUUUCCAUCCGCAUCACAUGGUAAAAGGGACAGAGGUUAGCCUAGGCUUUUGCCCAGUCUGUGAAAUGCUUGAGUUGUCCUGUUGUGAAUUUUUCUUUUUAAAAUGGAGUGAAUAAUAUUUCCCUCCCCACCCCGUAAAAAUUUUUUCUUCACUUUUGAGGAUUUCUUUUUCCUGUUUGGUUUCAUUUGAUUUGUUUGUUGGGGUGGGUGGGGGAGGGGAGAAAAUCAAGCAACGAUUGGGGUUGUUCAGGGAUUAUAAUAAUAAUAAUAAUUAAUAUUAUUAUGGCUGUGUUUGUGUAAAAUUAUUUCAUUUCAUCUUGUUUGUUUGUUUUCCUUCAUUUUUAUUUGCGUGUAUUGUGCACAGUAAUGGAGAGGCAGUGAGUACACUGAUUGUGAUCAAUGGUACACUGAGGCACAGAAAAAAAAUAAAAUUUAUAAUUGGUUCUGAUUUGAACAUUAGUACUGCUGCA